CUGUGUCUGAGCAGCUGAUACCACACACACUCCCCAUCCAGAGCAAGACGGGGCACGCGAUAGCACGCAGUGACAGGUCAGUGAGCUAUACCGCUAUUUAAACACGGCUCCCCGCGGGACUCGUGCUGUCUAACGGUCUCCGUCACCGGUGACUAACCAGCUCUCCCAUUACAGGAACGCUUUAUAUCAGUCAUUCUGUAAUACAGCAAUACGACUACCUGGGAAUACCCGGCUUAGUCUGUACCGGUGUCUCGUACACGGGAAGGUAAGUAGCGGGUGGGUUAUGGGAAUACUAACCGGAGUUAGCGGGCCCUCCCGCACCGAGCAUGGGAACAUUAACCGGAGUUAGCGGGCCCUCCCGCACCGAGCAUGGGAACAUUAACCGGAGUUAGCGGGCCCUCCCGCACCGAGCAUGGGAAUAUUAACCGGAGUAAGCGGGCCCUCCCGCACCGAGCAUGGGAAUAUUAACCGGAGUUAGCGGGGCCCUCCCGCACCGAGCAUGGGAACAUUAACCGGAGUAAGCGGGGCACUCCCGCACCGAGCAUGGGAACAUUAACCGGAGUAAGCGGGGCACUCCCGCACCGAGCAUGGGAAUAUUAACCGGAGUUAGCGGGGCCCUCCCGCACCGAGCAUGGGAAUAUUAACCGGAGUUAGCGGGGCCCUCCCGCACCGAGCAUGGGAAUAUUAACCGGAGUAAGCGGGGCCCUCCCGCACCGAGCAUGGGAACAUUAACCGGAGUUAGCGGGGCCCUCCCGCACCGAGCAUGGGACCAUUAACCGGAGUAAGCGGGGCCCUCCCGCACCGAGCAUGGGAAUAUUAACCGGAGUUAGCGGGGCCCUCCCGCACCGAGCAUGGGAAUAUUAACCGGAGUUAGCGGGGCCCUCCCGCACCGAGCAUGGGACCAUUAACCGGAGUAAGCGGGGCCCUCCCGCACCGAGCAUGGGAAUAUUAACCGGAGUUAGCGGGGCCCUCCCGCACCGAGCAUGGGAAUAUUAACCGGAGUAAGCGGGGCCCUCCCGCACCGAGCAUGGGAAUAUUAACCGGAGUAAGCGGGGCCCUCCCGCACCGAGCAUGGGAAUAUUAACCGGAGUUAGCGGGGCCCUCCCGCACCGAGCAUGGGAAUAUUAACAGGAGUUAGCGGGCCCUCCCGCCCCGCAGACCGUGUACUGCGCUGCGUAGUUUGUGGGCGCUAUUCACCUAUAGCUACCUGUCUGCUUUAUAACGCGUGUACUUUCCUACGUCUGUUUCGUUUUACUAUAUUGCAUUUAUUUUUUUAAUGUUUAACAUGUAUAUCUAGUGCACAUUAACUUGCGUACAUAAUUUUAAAUGUAAGUGUUAUUUCCAUGUGUUUAUGUAUAUGGUGGUAUAUUAGAGGGUUCUUUUUAUUAUUGCACAUGAACAUGGAGUUGUAUAUCACUAGCCAGGUUUAUUUAAAUAGUACUGUAAACUUUUUUUAGGAGAGUGACUGACUUUAUGGACUUAACCACUUUUCCUCCCUAAAAGUCUUUCUUCCUAUCCCGUAAUUGCCCUCUAAAAUCCUUAAAAAAAAAAAAAUGUGUAUUCUUUUUGCCUUGUAAUUUGAUUUCCAUUACACUUGUCAUGUAAGCCCUCAUCACAUUAUACUCCUGUCAGUCCUUCAUGUCUUGUUUCGAGUACUUUGUUGUUGGCAGCACAGCUAUUGUACAGUGCCGUGAAAUUUGUUGGAGUUGUUUAAAUAGGCUUUACUGAACGUUUGUUGUUGCCCAAGGGAAAUUAAGAAUUUAAAUAAUCUGACAAACUAUUUAAUUAAAGCAGUUACUGAGUUUAAAGGGACACUAUAGUCACCCAGACAACUUCAGCUCAAUGAAGUGGUCUCUGUUCCAGGUCCCUCAGGUUUUAUCCCUUCAGAUGCAAACAUAGCAGUUUCAGAGAAACUGCUAUGUUUAAAUUUGGGGUUAAGCCAGCCUCUAGAGGCGCUUCUGCGACGCUGAAGGCAUAUUAUGCCUGCAGAGCGUCCAUAGGAAAGCAUUGAGAAAUGCUUUCUUAUGGACACUUUGAAUGUGCGUGCAGCACUUUCUGCGCAUUCGGCUCAUGUGACGUUGGACGUGGAGAGGUCACCAGCGCCGAGGGAGCCCGGCACUGGAUUAAACUGAAGGGGUUUUAAUAAUCCCUUCAGCGACAUGAGAGGGGGACCCUGAGGGAGAACACUAUGGGGGGGGAGAGAAAACACACACACUAUGGGGGGGGAGAGAAAACACACACACUAUGGGGGGGGAGAGAAAACACACACACUAUGGGGGGGGAGAGAAAACACACACACUAUGGGGGGGGAGAGAAAACACACACACUAUAGGGGAGAAAACACACACACACACUAUAGGGAGAAAACACACACACACUAGAGGGAGAACAAACACACACACACACACACUAUGAGAACAAACACACUACAAACACACACACUAUAGGGGGAGAACAAACACACACUAUGGGGAGAACAAACACACACACACACUAUGGGGGGAGAACAAACACACACUAUAGAGACACACAAACACACACUAUAGGGAGAACAACACACACACUAUACAACACACACACUAUAGGGGAGAGAACACACACACUAUAGGAGAGAGACACACACACACUAUAGGGAGAGAGAACACACACACACUAUGGGGAGAGAGAACACACACACACUAUGGGAGAGAGAACACACACACACACACACUAUGGGAAGAGAGAACACACACACACACACACACACUAUAGAAGAACACACACACACACACACACUAUAGAGAGAACACACACACACUAUAGGAGAGAACACACACACACACACACACACUAUAGAAACACACACACACUAUAGAGAGAGAACAAACACACAACACACACACACUAUAGAGAACAAACACACUAUAGAGAACAAACACACACAAACACACUAUAGAACAAAACACACAUACAGAGAGAGAACACACACACACUAUGGGGGAGAAACAAACACACAUAGGAGAAACAAACACACACUAUAGAGAGGGAGAGAGACACACACACACUAUAGAGAGAACACACACACACACACACACACACACACUAUAGAGAAGACACACACACACACACACACACACUAUAGAGAACACACACACACACACACUAUAGAACACACACACACACAUGAAGAGAGAACACACACACACACUAUAGAGAGAGAACACACACACACUAUAGAGAAACACACACACACACACAUAAGAGAACACACACACACACUAUGAGAGACACACACACACACACACACUAUGGGGGAGAGAGAACACACACACACACACACACUAUAGAGAGAGAGACACACACACACUAUGGGGGAGAGAACACACACACACACACUAUGGGGGGGGGGAGAGAGAACACACACACACUAUGGGGGUGCACUUUUUAUUUUCUUGUAUUCCUACUCUAAAAACUAGGUGCGUCUUAUAGAGCCAAAAAUACAGUACAUAACUCAUAUGAAUGGAGCCUUUUAAAGUGCAUUUGACAAGUUAUAUUGCGUUAACGUUGCCUAUAGAGAUGCAUUGAUUCAAUGAAGAGAUGCAUUUUGCUACACACAUGCACAACAGCCUCUUACUGCUUUCCCAUGCAUUGGAUAGGCUAAUAGUUUGAUCUCAGCAAUAGCGUGGGUGAAAAUAAACACGUUUGCCAUGUGGUGCCUGGGGACCUAAAGAGUUAGACUAUAGUCAUGAAUACAUGUGUUCCUGACACUAUAGUGUUCCUGUAAAUUAGGGUAAUUUUUGUGCUGGGGAUUAAAAUUUUUGCUUGUUUUAUAGUCCUGAAGUCAUAAAGUGCUGCCUAUCCAUACUAAGGAUCAGUGGCAAAAACAUAUCUUAAACUUAAGGUAUGGAAUUCCAUACACAAAUCUUAAAUUUAUGGGGGAAAAAAUUUUUCUUAUACAUUCAGUCAAUUUAGAAUUAUUUUAGCAUUAAAACAUUGUAAAUUUGUAAGAUUAUGAUAACAAAUUCUUGUUCUCAUUCCUCAAAACACACACAAUUCACAAUUUAGGCAUUUUCUAAUGUGGUUACUGAUAAAAUAAACCAUUCAUAUGCCUUGAGCAAUGGGUUGGCAAGCAAGCAGAGCUGCACUAUAGUGUUUUUUUGUACAGCUUCUCUUUGUCUAGAAUGUCAGUUCUUGUAUCCUUCCCUUGCUAUGUUAAAAAAUAAAUAAAAAAAUAAAGUUUAUAAAGCGCCCACAAAUUCUGCAGCACGUAUUUGUAACCAGACGAGAUGGACACAGAGGGAUUUAGGGCACUGCUCUCUAGCUUACAUGCUAGUGGGAGUGAGGUAUAGUGACACAAAAGGUAAGGUAGGGUAGAAAAGUAGGUAGCUAGGAUUUUAUUCAUUGACUGCUUAGUGUUUUGUUUUGAGAACAGUUGCAGGAGAGGAAUUGGGGUGUAGGACGGAAAAGCUGUUUAAUUGAUAUGCUUUCCUAAAGAAGCAAGUUUUCCAAUUUUGUUUACUUUUUUUUAAAGUCUGGGUGAAAGUCUAACCAAGGGCAGUCCAUAGGAAUGGUGCAGCCCUAGAGAAGUCUUUAAAGGGAUUCAAUAGUGCCAGGAAAACCCAUUUUCUUGGCACUAAAUGCUCAUGCAGUGCCCCCUCCUGCAGUGCUGAAGGGGUUAAAACCCCUUCAGUGACUUACCUGACUCCUGCGCUGAUGUUCCUCGGCGCUGGGUCAAGCUCCAACCGCGCUCCUCCCCAGCUGGCGGGAGACCUAAUGCGCAUAAUUUUUACAUUCUUUCCUAUGGAGGAAAGCAUUGACGCUGGAAGUCCUCAUGCAGAGCGUGAGGACGUUCAGCGUCUGAUAACAGACCAAAGGUCCGUUUUGAUUUCAAGUCCUUCUAGUGGCGGUCUGUUAGACAGCCACUAGAGGAAGAGUUAACAAUCAAUUUCUCAGAAACCACUGUAAGGUUAAGGGACAUGGGAUAUUGCACACAGACCAUUUUAAUGAGCUGAAGUGGUCUGAUGCCUAAUGUCCCUUUAAGGCGAGCAUCAGUGGUAGGUCUAAGGCCUCGGUGGGACACUUAAAGUAUUAGUGAGGAUAGGUAGGUUGGAGCAGCAUUGUGUAGAUUUGUAAGAAAGUACCAGGAUUUCAAAUUGAGUCCUAUAGCUUAUGGGUAGCCAAAGUAGGGACUGGCAGAGAGGGUAGGCAUGGGAGUUGCAAGCCUACAGGAAGAUGAGCCUUGCCAUUAAAGGAAUGAUUGUCAAUCACUGACAUUUGCACAUAUGUAACUUUGGUUUAUUUUUUUCCCGUUCUCUGACCCAUUGUAUUGUAGAUAACCAUGCCUGGAUCUGAUUGGGACAGUGAUGGCGAAGAAAACCAUAGUUCUACCAGUGCCGUGAAUUUCAGCAACUCGGUAUGUCUCUUGUGAUUAGGGUUUUAUAAUUUCUAUUAACGCCUUAAUGACGAAGAAUCUUCUGAGAUGCAAUGUGUUUGUGACUAAUGCCUUUUUGGCACUUAAACGGUGUGUUUUAUGGUACCACAAUUCCACCCUUCAUGUUUAAGUGCACCUGUACAUAUUAAAUAUCAUCCUAUAAAGAGGAAAUAGGGCUUUCCCUUGCUACCCUGUUUAUUUACAAAACAAACUAACAUCUUAACGAUCGCUGACAGUCAUGGGAAAAAUCCCCUUGAGGACUGGUGAUGGUCCUGAACAUUCAUAACCGUAUUAUGUACUUACCUGAUCGACGUUCCUCCCAGCCCAGGCAGUCUUCCCUCUGCGAAUUAGGAACCCGCGGCCAUGUGAUCGCUUUAACAGUCACAUGGCUGCAAUAGGUGUCCCAAGUAUCUGCUGACAGGCAGUCUCCCUGCAUGUGUGUAAAAAACAAAACAAAAGUUAAUAAAAAUUCUCGCUCUCAUAUUCUAACUUACAAAUAAGUAAAUUAAAUGUAAAAAUUGUAUGAAAUUUUGUUCUAACUAUUUUGAUUUUUAUAUCAAUACACUUAGAAUGAAAUUAUAUACCCAUAAAUGUGUAUAUAUAAAUAAAUCAAAAUAAUCCGAAUUAUAUAUUAACAUAAAUAACUUCAUAAAUGUACACAUAGACUUCAAAUAUAUAAAUAUGCAUAUAUAUUUAAAUUCUACAUGCAUAUGUAUGUAAUUUUUUUAUGUAAGUAAUUUUUAUUAAUUGCAAUUUGAUGGACCAGGCUGCAAGUCCAGAGUUUAAUUUGCUUGCACUGUAUUUAACCCUGUAACUUUCUGAGACACUCUAAAACCCUUGCAGGGGGUAUGGUUUUAGUCUGGAGACUUUUCUCAACACAAAUAGUGUUCAAAACAGUAAAACAUAUUACCACAAUGAUAUUGUCAGAGAAAGUGACCUUUUUUUUUUUUUUCUGGCAUGUGGUGGCAGUACAUGUGUAUUUUGCUCCUUUCCUGUGGACAAGCAUCUAACAAGAUUAAGGGUUAUCUGGCAAAACCUACCCCAGUUUCUUUUCUUGUCCCAAGAGGACGCUCUCCACGCCCCCUCUCCCACAAGUGUUUGGGUUUUGUAUUUUGGGGGGAGAAGGGAUUGUUUUGCAUUUCAUCAGUUUCUAAUUCUGAUGUCUUACUUUUCUUAAGCAAUCCGAUUCUGUAUACGAUGACAGGUGUUCAAAUGGUAAGUUUUUUUUUUUUGUAUAAGCAAUAGAUUUUAUUUGUGAUUGUAUUUGCAUGUUUCUUUUCUGUCUUUGACUUGUUGAUUAUAUUGAACAUCAGAUUUACUGGUAUCUGAAAGUAUAUAUGCAGAGACUGAUAAUCAAAUUAUUCAUGGUUAUGGACAAUAGUUUAUGCAAGAUUUAAGAGUGCGUAGUACCAUUGGAAAAUGAAGUAUAACCGCUGAGAGGUUCAAUACAUUAAAGGGACACUAUAGGCACUCGGACCACUUACUCUUAUUGAAGUGGUCUGUAAGCGGUGUCAUGUCACACUUAGUCCUGCAAUAUAACCUCAGAAUUAAGACUGCUUCUUGUGGCGCUUCCAGGAUUUUACUGGACUUUGUAGCAUGACAUAGGGGAUGUUAACUUGCGCAAGAUCAGAUAUUUGAUACAAACCUCAUUAAUCAUUAAGAACUCAUUGAUAACACGAGAUACACAAGGUAGUUUAAAAGUGUCUAAUUUUACAGAAUAUUUUUUUAAACUGUCUGUAACUCUUGAGGCCAUUUCAUUGUAUAGGCUGAAGGAUUCCCUCUUUGUGUAUGUUGGAGAAUGUUGUACAUAGUAGAGCUGAGCUGUUUCUUCCUCAAAAUUUGUGAGGCAUAAAUUUUCGCAUUUAGAUGGAGCUCGCCACCCUCCAGAAAUAAGAUGUCAAAUGGUCAGGAAGUGUUUUUGUCAUUAACUUUUAUAGCAUGGAGUGGGUCAUGUGAUGCCAGAUUAAAGUGUGGUAGAGGACUAAGUAAAGUGAUGUGUGGUAAUUUCUAUAGGUUUUACCAAAUUCUCCUAGUUUAAAGAGAUGGUUAGGAGUAAUUGGGUAUAGUGGAGAUGGCUAGGGUGAGAUCUCCUGAUUGACAUCUGCAGCGUUGGGAUGGUGGGAAUGCCAUGAACAUAUUUGUUACAUUAUGCCAGUCGAGAUCUCCCUCUCUGCAGUGGUGGAAUGGAAUAAUUUUGUCUGGGGCAUGGACUAGUAGAUCGGCAAGAGGUAAAAUUUAUAAGGUAAUCUUAAUUAAACACAUUUAUGCCAACCUAAUUUGAUUGAUUUUAUCUGACACACAGUGAGGACAUAUUUUUCCAUGGCUCCCAAAAAAGUUAAUCAGUCAAGUGAGAGAAUUAUGAGGCCAUGGAUAAUAGCCAGGAAAAUAAAACUAAUGUUAAAAUAUUCUGUCAAAAGCAAAUGAGUGGGGCUACCAGAAAGGAAGAGACAACCUCCCAGAAAAUGUCUGCUAGAUUUGUCAUGUGAAUGCUUGUUCAUAGAAUGUUCAUUUCAUUUAUCCUAGCAAGCAAUGCGUUCACCAGUCAAGGUUUUGGAUCUGAGAGAGGUUUUGGCAACCGAAGAGGUAUGUGUGUGAUUUAACAAUGUAAAAUAACCUUUCACAAAAAAGCAGAAGCCUUUGGGACAGAAAAAAAAUUAAUGGCACUUUUUUUGCGAACACUAUUUUUGGAAACUGCAAAACGUAGAGGUACACUUGGGGGCACAAAUUUCAUCUUAAUUUAGUUAUGGCAUGAGGUUCCAAGUGCCUUCUCGUUUAAAGGAUUUAAGUCUGCCAAACGGCAUCCAAUCACAUCGCCCUGUUAAUUUAAUCAAGAUGCCUAGGUCUAGGUGUCUGAGAGCAUCACCUGUCAAUUGCAACCUAUCUGUAGUGCCACAUUCUAAAGUGAUUUGGGGGGUGGGGGAAUGCAUAUUUCCUCCUGCAUUUCACAGUGGGAAGCUGCUGAUAGGCUGAAAGCAAACUCUCAGCCUAGAAGCAGCUCACAGUCCCAGGAAUCCUGAUUGAAGCCUCAUAUAUCUGCAUAGGGAGUUUUGGAGUAGAACAUUUAAGCUUGGUUUUGCAGACUGUUAAACCAUUCAUGUCUUUGCACCAUAUUUAUGGUGCAAGGAGUGAUCCUUUAAAUUAGAAACUGGAAAGACCUUUGCCUUUGUUUCUUUUGACUAAUGUAUUAUGGGUUAAUUAAGCAAACUGCGGAUAUCAUGUCAGAAGAAAAUUGCGGCACUUGAAUAAUAAGGUUUAACACUAGGAAGAAAAGUAAAUGAUUGUACUCCCUCAGUCUUUGGUAUGUAUUGGAAUACAAGCGGCCUCAAGGAAAGAAACUGAAAUUGAGGGGGAAAAAAUGACAAUGUUGCUUUAAUUAAGCAUGUGCUUUUAAACUUUGGAUUUAUACAACCCACGUAAACUUUAAUAGAUGCAACACCAAAAAAACUUGAUUUUAAUUUUUGGAGGUGUGUAUCCAAAGACUGCUUACAAAAGAUGCAGUUCUUCAGUCUGCAGCCUUUACAAGCCCCUCCUGUUGUUUCCAGCCAAGACUUGUCUAAUUAUAUUUAAUUUAAUUUUUGUAGUGCAUAGAUAAAUACAGGUUUGUAAGGACAUAUCCACAAUGGUUAAUGCGACAAGGAAAAUUGUAUGUGACAGGACAUGUUGAGAGACUUAAAACUUUUUUUUUUGUUCAGCAUCAGAAUUGAAAGUUCUGUCUAAAUUCAGCAUUCAGCAGGAGUAGAGGAAGAGAGGGCAUGAUGGAGAUUAUAGGAAACAAUUUACAAUAAGACCUGCUAUCUUCAUGAAAAACAUGUAUUUUCAAACGAGUGGUUAUCUCAGUGAGGUCGGAUGAUUAGUUACCACUACCACAUCCCAUCACAUUGAGGCUUGACCAAUAUUCCUCAUAGAUUGAAAGUUAUUGUGAUGGGUGAAAACGAUGUAAAGCUAAACAAUAUGAAACAAACUAAAGAAUACAUAAAAACAGGCUAUUGUGUUAGCAAGCUACAUGAAUGCAGACUACGACUCUGCGUGAAAGGUGUCUGCUUCCAGCUUGUCCCCCGUUUGGCUGCAAUGUAAGCAGGUUGGAGCACAGCCACAGCAGACAUAAGGACGCUUCACUAUAGUGCCCGGUGACAGCCGGACAACUCCAGGUAUCUGUGCCUGAUGUGCCCGCUCGAUAUGGUAAAGCCCUGACCCGGCUAGCCAAUUAUAGGCUUCCCUGUGCAGCUCAAUCAGAAGUCUUUGCAAGACAGGUCCUCUGUGCAACUGAGCUGAACAACCAGGAAGUAACUGGACCUGUUUUCUGCUUGAAAUAUGUUUGCUUUCAGUCAUGGAAUGCAACAUUCAAAUGAAAGCAGCAUCAUUUUUUUAAGAUUUUUAUUUUUUUGCCUAAAUUUAAAUUGUAUGAAAUAGUGAGGCAAACUUAAUUUCUGCAUGUUAAAUCAUACAUACAGAAUGGUGGGAGUGAUAGAAAGGUGGAUGUUUCACUGAUGCCAUUAGUAUUUGAUGCACCACGCACCUCCAAUGCUAGAAGACUUUGAAGUCUCCUUUUGUUUAAAGGAACACUAGUUAAUCUCAAAGUUGUCUGGUUGUAGUAUACCAGUCCUCUUAACCUUGCAAUGUAAAACAUUGUAGUUUGAGAAAUUGCAAUGUUUACAUUGCAGGGUUAAGUCCACCUCUAGUGAUGAGGUGUUUCUUUGGCAUUGACAGUGAAAUUCUGUCCCAUGAUGUGGACGCCCCAUAAGAAAGCAUUGGUUUAGUGCUCUUAUGGGGACGUCGUGCACAAUGUCUUCAGCACUUGUGAAAAAGGUAAGUAAAACUUUCUCUAUUCUAAUCUGCAAGGUUGAGGCCUUAGAGUAGAAUGACACACAAUUAGAAUGCAGACUUAUAUUGCUAAUGCUAUAUUGUUCUUUUAAGGUGGAACACUUUUGGAUAGUAGCACAUUUUUAUUGUUGCAUUUGCUACUUUUUGGCAAUCAAUGGCUGAAUCCCAGACACACAUUAGCCAGUUACAAAUUAAUUUAUAUAUAUUUUUUUUUUAAGCAGUUGUGAUGCAGUGAAUCUUGUGGUGGAGUCUGUGGACUAACAGUUUGAGUUUUUUCAUAAAAAGUGGAUUUCUCUGCACUCAAAGAAAGCUUGGCCCCUCUGCUGCAAAGACUGUUCACUUUUGCUUUAUCCAUAAGAAAAUGAUCAUUAGAAUGGUAGGCUGUGAGAUUAGGGGAAAUCUAGACCCAAAAAAUAGGGGAGUGCUUUUUAUCUGUAGUUUAAUGCAAGAGACGCGCACAUUCAGCCAGUCCAUAGGAAAGCAUUCUCAAUGCUUUCCUAUGGACGCUGGCGUCUUCUCACUGAAAAUCAGUGGGAAGCGGUUGUCAAUGAGAGCCACUAGAGGCUGGAUUAACCCAUUUGUAAAAAGGAGAAACUAGGGAUAUUUACAAAAUACACUCCAAUUCAUACUAUUGGGUAUCUUUUCAACGCCUAUAGUUAAACACCUUAAAAGUAAGUAUCUGCAAAUGUAAUCUGAGAAUCAGAUUAAGUGAAGUAAUUGUAUCAAUUUAUCAGCUGAGGUUUGUAACUAGUGGGACUACACCCAAAGGGAAGAUAUUAUGCUUCCUACUAAAGUCUCUAAUGUACCCAAUAAACUGUGAUCUGGUUGAGAAUUAGAGGUAGAGCAAUGCUACUAUAAUAGCUUUUUAAUCAUGAAGCGUAAGUAACACUAAAUCUAUACUGUACCUCGAAGAUUAGGUGCCCACUAAGGCAAACUAACUAGCUCAAUCUUAAUGUGCUCCAUGAAAACUGCUCGGGGCUCCCAUUCAGCAAACAGUCUAAAUAUCUGUUGGGUAUCUGAAUAUAGGUAUUACUUGGAUAUUGUUUCAAGAGGUAUAACCUUUUGCACACCCAUAAAGCUUUGUAAGUUGUUAGAGUACUAUAAGCAGUGGCCUGACCCGUGUUUUGCCAAGCAGGCUCCAUUGGAUGCUGAGACCUGUUUUUGUGAAAUGACUUAAAUGGAGACUGCAUCAAGAUUAAUUGCAUUACAUCCUCUACAGUAAGCAGUUGAAAUUUUUUCUUUAGAAUGUAAAUGUAAUUAUAUAACAUUUUCGUCCACAUAACAGGCUAUAGAUCUGGACGAGGUGGUGGAUCCAACCAGUUCGGUCGCGGUACGUAAUUUUGUGUUGGGCUUUGUUUUCAUUGGAAGAGUGUAAAGAUGCUAAAGGGACACUAUAGGCACACAGACCAUUUCAGCCCAUUGAAGUGGCCUGAGUGCACAGUCCCCUUUCUCUUAACCCUGGAAAGGUAACUAUUGCAGUUUAUUUAAAAAAAAAAAAAAAAACUGCAAUAAUUACCGUUACGUGUUUGUAUUUUUUAUUUUUAUCUUAAUACAGCAUACUUUUUUAUUCUUAAAUCAGAUAUAAAUUUGUUUUUCCCUGAAAUUCUGUUAAUUUCGAUGACCAGGGCAGCAAAAACAUAAAAAGUGGUAUUUUUUUAUUUUCUUAAAAGGAAUUAAAGAUGGGAGGAAAAUCAGUGGCUUGGUCCAAUGUUGGCAGCUGGAACAGGCGACUGAAUCAGUAGUAAUGGAGGGGGAGGAGGGGAGUCAGGAAACUUAAAGGGACACUCCAGGCACCCAGGCCAUUUCUGCCCAUUGGAGUUGUCUGGGUGCCAACUCACACUACCUUUUAAACCUUCAAGUGUAAUUAUUGCAAUUUUCAUAAACUGCAAUAUUUACCUUCGGGGGUUAACUCCUCCUCUAGUGGCUGUGUACUAGACAGCCACUAGAGGACACUUCUGGUAUUAUAGCACACAUUCCGUGUACUAUAGUGUCGCUGGACAUCCACACAUUCUGUGAGGACCUCCAGCGUCGCUAAAUUCCCCACAGGAAAGCACUUUUCAAUGCUUUCCUAUGGGGAGGUCUAAUGCAAUGCCGCGCACGUGCAUUAGGUCUCCCCCACCGGCGGCUGCACAUGCGCAAUUGGUCUGCCCUGCCAGAUGUCGGCGGGGGAGGAGCAUGGGCAGACCCUGAACCAGAGCCGACUUUGUUUUCCUGGCACUGUAGAGUCCCAUUAAUGAUUUUAGGAACUUGGCCAUCUUGUGUGCAGUAGUAUACAGGGCCCCACAGUGGACACCUUCUAUCCCGACCAAUAUAACCAAUUGUAAGGCUUUGGCAAUAACUACAGCAUAUGAAGGUCCAUCUGGGUGACACAAAUAUCUGGCUUGCUAAACUGGUCCCAGAUGACAGAACACUUUAUCCCACCAAGCGUCACACCACUAACAGACCAGAUCGGUCACCUGAAGUUAUGUUCUUGAUCUGUUGGCGUGAUCUUGCACAGGCUGUCCCCUGGGUGAGACGCCCACACACCGGGAGUCUCCUUGUAGCCAUGCUGGCGGCGUCCUGGCAGUUGUCGCUCGUGAGGUUGCUGAUGUAUUCUUGCCAGGACAUGGUGUUGGAUGGCGGGAUCGGGCGCUUUACAGACUGGUAAAGGGCUGUCGUUGGCUCGGAGUGGCUACACUGUCUCUGCUCUAGGUGCUUCAUGCUUGGGGGUGCAUGCGCAGGAUCGCAUUAUGGGUUAACUACACCACUAGUUACUGUCUGCCAGGCAGCCACCAGAGGGACUUCUGGGUUGUUAUGCAACACUUGGUCACUUAACUGAAACUGGACGUCCUCGCACUAUGCAUGACAUCCUGCAUCACUCAAAACCGAUUAGGAAACCAUUAUACAAUUAUUUCCUAUAAGGGAAGUCCAUUGCAUAGUUCAAGGAUGCAACAUUGCUGCUGGUUUAAUUUGUUCCGCCUCUCAAUUUAUUUUUUCUUUUAAACGGACAUGCUAGGUUCCAAUUAUGGAACUAAAAGCUCACAAUUACAAAAUUUACUUCCACCCUUAUUUGGUGAAUUAGUGCUUCUCAACCUAUAAAGGGAAACUUUAGUGACAAGAAAACACUAGUUUUCCUGGUACUAUAGCUUUCCCUCUGUCAAGGCCCACCACCGUGGUGCAGAAGGGUGAAUGGCACUGGCUCAGCUCCGCCCGCGGCUGACGUCAGCGGGGGAGACCAAAUGCGCAUGAGGCAACUGCUACGUUUGCAUUAGUAUUUCCCCAUCGGAUAGCAUUAUUCAAUUCUCAGCUUAUCUAUUUCAUUCAUAGAAUCAUGGGAGUUGUAGUUCAGCAACAUCUGGAGGGGCCAGAGUUUGGGGAAGCCUGCUCUAGCGGCUGUCUGGUAGACUAGCCACUAGUGGAGGAGUUAACUCUAGCAGGUAAUGAUUGCAUGUUACAAAAACUGCAAUAAUUACAUGUUAAGGAUGAUGGGAGUUUGUAGGCACCCAGACCACUUCAAUGAGCUGAAGUGGUCUGGGUGCCUACAGUGUCCCUUUAACAGAGAAUUUUUUUUUUUUUUUUUAUAGUAACUUUACCUUAAGUUAAUUUCUGUAGAUUUAAAUUCCAAAUUAAACUUGUUUUAUGUUAAUCAUAUAUUGAAGAGAAAGCUUAAAGGUAGAAAAUUUUUUUUAAAAUGAAUUAAUGUGAAUGUAAGGAGGAGUGUAUGAACAAUUUAAUCUAAAGGAUGUCACAAAAUUAAAACAUACAUGUGAUUGAUUACAAAUGGCACACUGCUUUGACAUUUUCACUCACAAACAAGUUCAUCCAGCCUCCUUACCGAUGAGUGCUUAAGCGGAUCAUUUACCUGGGGUCUAAUGUGGGGCUUGGUUUAUCUGCUCCCUUGUCAGUGAUGCUGAGGCCGAAGUGAGGUCAUUUCCUAGCAUCACUGCAGGGUAGGCCAGUGCUUACUCUGCCUAACCACACAGAUGGCAGCCUCUGGGGGAAAAGGUGGCCAGCUCUUGGUUUCCCGUGCCAUUAGUGGGUGUGUACCACUAAUUGAGAAAAGAGGGUGUACUUGAUCUUCUGGUUAAUUAAAAACAAAAAAUCGCAAAAAAACAUGAUUGAGAUGUUAAAAUAAUGAUGUAACAAUGAUUUUAUUAUAUUUAGGUUUAAAUGCAAAUGAAGAUGGACAGAUGCGUAGUGGGCCUCGAAGAGGAGGUAAGAAAUUAGACAUUUGUACUGCAUCGUGCACAGUGAAAUGCUAUCAAUAUAGCUUGUAAGGGCAGUAGUAAGCAACCAUUUCCAAAAGCAUAGUGGUGAAGGCUUAUUCGGAAAAUGAAUAAUACAUUUUUGUAUUCAGUUUGCCUUAUAGGUAUUACAUAAGAAUAUAUAUAUAUUUUUUUUUUUUGAAUGACUGAUUUGUAUACUUGUGCAAAAUACAGGGUAUUUAAUAAUACAUUUUAUUACUAUUGCCAUUUAUAUAGCGCAAACAGAUUCCGUAGCGCUUUACAAUAUAAGAGGGGAGAUUUACUUAACAUCAAACUGAUUACUUUACUAAAAAGCCAAGGAACCAUCUUCUUAAAUUCUAGGUUUUGGAAGCAGGGAUGACGGACGGCAGCGCUCAGGAUUUUCAGAUAGACGAGGUAUAAAAUAUUUCAUCUGUGGUGGGGUGGCACGUUAGAAAUAUAUCCUAUUUGAAAUGGCAAUGUCUCUACACAGCAUGUUUUAUAGUAAAUAACAGUUGAACCAAAAAAGUUGACUUACAUGUUAAGAUAUGUUCUCACAAGUAGUAUAUUUUUGUGUAAAAUGACUGGUACCGAAUAGUGCCCUUAAGUGGGAGUAGAUAUCUUGGCAGUAGAAAAUUCAGUAUUCCGUUUAUUCUACUGAUUUAUCUAUUUGAAGAGAAAAGAACAAAUUGAAUUAUGUAAAUGUGAAUAGUCCUUCUUAGACUUUUUAACCCGUUGCUGAUGUUAGUACAUGCUAUGUCAUCCUCCACAAUGUGGGCAUGUGACAUGUAACGCCUCAAUGUCUGUCACCCUGUUAAAACAGAACGGUCUAAAUACAUUGUGGGACAUACCGGACAGCCAAGUCCCAGUAACCAGUCGGCACAGUCUUCGCCACAUGAUCUUGGUGAAAGUCAGUAACUGAUCAGAUUAAAAAGUGACAGCUGAUGCUGAUUAAUGGCUUUAGUCAUGAACUGUGGUUUUAAAAAGUUUAAUUCCUAUACUGUUUGCCAGGUUUCAAGUUACUCGGGAAUGUAAGCUUGGAGGGUCUGUGACAUACUCACCAGGGGUAUAUUUCUGCUAAAUUUUCAAUUGCCCUUUCUUGUAGUCUUAAUAGCAGCUUUAUACUGCAUAAGGUUUCUUUUUUGGGUUUAGUGAAAGUGCAAUUGUAGUGUGGAUUGAGAUGUUGGUGUUAACCAGGCAGGAGAAACAAAUGUAGUCUUUUGCACAAAAGAGCAACAUGCCAUGAUGCGUGUACCACUAGUUUCUAUCAGCAAUAUCAAAUCUGUCACUGAUUAUUCUUACUGACGUGACAAAGCCUUAGAGUCCAAGUGAGACCUCAAUCUACAGAGGGGUGCAGAAUCUGUCUGAUGCACACUGGCUAUCCAUUCUAAUUGCUCUUGAAAACCCCAUUUAUGGCUCCUGGCAUCAACAACCCUUGAGGGUGAGCAAAUUAUUUCAAGCUUUUCAUAACAGAAUAUUUGACUACUCCAACAGAUUAGAUAUUCUCUGAUCCAGCAUGUUUCCCUAAAAUCUGUUUAUUUGAAAUUCUUUUCCUGUGGUAGGUGUUGGGGAAACUUUUUUUUGAGCAGAGAGGCAACACAGCAAGCAGUAAACUUUUUUUUGUAUCCUGAAAGUGUCAUUACAUUUUUUUCUCCUCUGCCCUUUUUACAGUCUCAAAUGUGACAUAGGCCCAGACAUUUCUUUCCCCCCAUCCGCCAACAUUUGAGAUAUAGAUAUAGAUAUUUUAAAGGCCAUUUGUCCUAAAAAUGUAGCACAGGCAUGGAUGCUUAAUCUGAAAAGAGGUAAAUAAUGGUUAAACUUAGAGCUCAAAUUUUAGGAUUUGAUUCAUAACUUGGACAAUUGCCUUGGAGGGGGGGGGGGAGAGAAGCUAUUUUAAAACCUUUCUAAUUCUGUAUUUUUUUUUUUUGGUCAGGGACCAAUGGAAAUGAAGGCCAGAUCUCUAAUUGGGAGCCAGGGAAUAACCGUAAGAACUAGUUUGACUUUUUUAAAACCAAGCUGCUUAACUUUUAAAUUAUAAAUUAGAUAUGUAAAGUUCAAGUUUAUAAUACACUUUAUAUUGGGUUUGUUUUUUGUUGCACAAUAUAUCUUCGCACAUGUUGCCAUAUUGGAAAGGUCAAACAUUGAUGCGGUAUACAAGAUGAAGGUUAGUGUGACAGUCAUUGCACCUUUUCCAAUAUGCACAAAACAGGAACAGUAAACAGUUUGGUUAGUCAUAUCUACAUAGUCGGUUAAACUCAUCUGAGCCAAAUGGCUCUGGCUUAAUCUACAGUUUGGCUAUGUAGCCUGUGUGAUCAACUUUAGUAUCUACUGCAAGCUUUGUGGUGGAGCAAAUGUUGGGCAGGCAGAGUGGGUAUCACGUACUACAUUGGUCUCUGCAGGACGGCUGCUGGUGGUCUGCUCUCGUGAGGGUAGGUAUGAUGGAUUUUUGAGCUAUUCUGUUUUUUGGAACUUCCCUGCUCUGCCUCUGAAUUGAGGGUGAUGACCCCUAACCAAGGGGGCUGCAGGGGGUGGGGUAUGUGAGGUAGGCGCCAGACGGUGUGGCCUCCGUGCUAUUUGUUCUAUGAAAAAAGGGAGGUUUUAGGGCCUAGUGCCCAUAUGGGUGCCGAUUCGUGUCUGGCUUGUUCCCCAGGGGCUGAAACCUGAGUGCAUAAGUGAGUAAUCAUGGGAAACACAACAUAUAAAAUAAGAAAUUAAAACUGUUAAACCAGCAGAAAAUAACAUCUAACUAGUUGGAGGUAUGGACCAUUUAUGGUGAGGUAGUCCAUCACUGUUAGACUUGGAUUACUGUGAGCUUAGAAUUGCGUCUCGUUCUGCAGGGGACUGUAUAUUUGAUCUACUGCCAUUAUUUUUUAAUUUUUUUUAAGCUGCGUGUGGGAGUAUGGUGGCUAAGAAGUGCCUUACAUAGUGUGGGGAUUCCUCUGAUUUUAAUGUGCUUUUGCUGGUCCUCUACGGUAGCCAUUUUGAGUGCCAUGAGUUUAUGGUUAAGCUGGAUGUGAUGUACCUCGUCAUCAAGGGAUAUUAGAUGAGUUUUAACCUCCACCAUGGCUUUCACACGGUCAGUAACAGCUUGUACUUCCCUCUAGAGAAGGACAGAGUAGGCUGCUAAGAGCAUGUGGAUGUUGGCUAGCAUGAAUUUUAAAUCUCCCUUGGUGGCUGGGGCUGCCCUUGUGAUUGGAGAGGUCGCCGAUCGUUCCUGCUCUGGGCUGGGAGCGCGGUCUUUCCUGCUCAUCUCCCGUGGGCACGGGCCGUUGCAGCAGCACGCCGAUGUCUCUGCUCUCUGCUGUAGGUUUUUGGGAUCUGCAGCCUAUGAGCUGGAGUGGCAUUGGUGAGGGCGGUGGAGGGGAGCUCCUCUCGCUUAGUUUGUCUGAGCAGGAAUUCCUCAAGGUCCCAGAUCAUGGGCAUCUAUCGAUGCGGCUUGCUGUGCUGGUUCAGGCUGGAUGGGUGUCCGUUUCACUGAUAUCACCAGGAUUCUAAGUUUGGGAGCUACUAGAAUUGCGUCUGGUUCAGGGUGGUAGCAAGCUCUGCCCCCACUUUAUUUCAGUCUUAAGCUGCAUUGUUUUGUGAGGUCACCGUAUAAGCUGGAAUUGGUUAUAUUUGAACUAUUUCAGAAAAGGCAAUAUUUACAUUGCUGCCUUGUAACACCUCUAUUGGCAGUCACUCGGCCGCAGGAGGUGCUUCCUGAGUCAGUGCUGCACACUGACAUUCAGCGUCUACAUGCUCUGCGUGGGGAAUGCGUUGAACAUUCCCCAUCGAUAUGCAUUGAUUCAGUGCCUCUGUAUGGGGAAAUUCUGAUUGGCACUGCAACAGCUAAGCAGCCAAGAUGGUAAAUGGUGGCAGAGCCCAUACCGGUUUGCUGAUAUAUCAUACUUAAAAUGCAAUUUUAAAGAGAAGUACAAAUAUUCUGUUACAAUGUACUUAUACAAUGACAAUGUUUUAUGUAAAUAUCCACUAGGUGUCUUUGGCGUAACUUCAGGUUACGCUGGACAACUUUGUAAACCUUUUUUUAAGUUUUUGUUUUACAUGUAAGUGGUCUCAGUAGAACUAAACAUCGUGCAGUCCAUAGUGCUUAAUGUAGGUUUAAACACUAUAAUUGGAUGAAAACGCUUUCACAGUGGAUUAAAAGCCAAAUCAAGAACAAAACCGGUCUCUGGGAUGGUAAUGGGCUUGGGCGACUGCAGCCCCCAAGUUGUCUUAAGUUCCCCUGAAAAAGUGGAUCUUAAAUCUACGAAACAUGUUAGUUGAAAGUGCUGGGAUUCGCCCAUAAUCAGCGAACAAUCACAACAAGGUGAAUUAUUUUAUUUCAUCUGAAAACAUAUUUUCUAAAGUGGCUAUUUGCGAAAAUAUCCAAAUAUCUGUUAAAGAUACUAUAUAAAAGUGAAUGCUUUACAGUAAAGCAAAUCAUCCUAGUUAAAUUUGAUUUAACUAAGCAAUUUGCCAAAGUGACUUUGUUUAAUAGCUGGAAUAAAUAGCACCUAAUAUUUUGAGGCAUAAUUUGCUCAGACAUCCAGACCCAUUCAUCUUAGAUAACCCACUACCCAAAAUCAAAUGUUAACAUUUACUGUUCAGUAGAUGUAUCCCCAAUUAAAGCAUGCAUUUAAUAGUUUCUCCUUCCCAUUUUUGGGUAUAUCUAAAAAGCUUUUUAUUUUUAUUUUAUUUAACAAGCUAAAGUGCUUCAGGGGUCUUGAGUGUCCCAAUUACUACCAUCUCAUUCGCUUUUAAUUCAAGUAUAUUGAAACACUUUGUCUAGCUUUGUUAAUGCCACCUGGCUUAACAGGUAAUUAUCAGUGCUCUAUAUUUUGAAACUGUCGGGUAUUAAAUCUCUAUACUAAGACCUCCUGGCUGUCAAGAAGAAAAACUACCACAACAAGAGGACAUAGUCUUAAAUUAGAGGGACAAAGGUUUUAAAAAUAUCAGGAAGUAUUACUUUACUGAGAGGGUAGUGGAUGCAUGGAAUAGCCUUCCAGCUGAAGUGGUAGAGGUUAACACAGUAAAGGAGUUUAAGCAUGCGUGGGAUAGGCAUAAGGCUAUCCUAACUAUAAGAUAAGGACAGGGACUAAUUAAAAGUAUUUAGAAAAUUGGGCAGACUAGAAGGGGCCCAAUGGUUCUUACCUGCCGUCACAUUCUGUUGUAGUUGAUUUACUGCAAACCAAUUAGUUUGAAUGACUAUCUGUUCCUGUCCAAAUUGAAGAUAAAGUUGCGUGCACGCAGAAGUAAAUUCACACUGAGACACAGAGUUCAGGUUAAUGAAAGAAAUUCGGAGAAGUUUAAUGGCUUCUGAAUAAAAAGCAGGCUCGCAGGCCCUUUUAAAGGCAUUAUUACAUCAUUGAAGAAAAUCAAGAUAUAGACAUUGUUAAUUGGCAUAGGUGCUAAGUAGUUAGAAAAAUGCCCUCCCUAUGGGGUGUACCAUCCUAGGUCACUAUCCUCGUCAUGAUUAUCUCCUCCAGGUUUUAGCGCCAUUUUGCUAACAUGAGGAGCUCACUCGACGGGAGGGGCCUUUUGGCAGCUAUCCAUUUAGAGUGUAGCCGGCACUGUUAGUUUCUCAUGGUUAGGUUUCAAGGCUUUUAGUAAAUACACAUUUUAUCAAAGCUAUUUCUUGCUGACAUGCAAAUUCUAUGUUCUAUAGACAAAGCUUUCUUGUAAAACUAUGGGGCCUCUUAGAGGUAUAGCAAGAGGAUUUAAAGGGGCCUUACAGAUUUAUAGAGGCCUAAUAAUUCUACAACAAUUCUAUGUUUCAAGCAGACAACCAGUAGCUUCCAUUUUCACUUUCAAAAUUGAAGUGCUACGCAGAAGUCUUGUUGAUGGAUUGGUGCAAAUGUCAAACAUGUAUUGUGCCCCAAUGCUGCUUUGAGAUGCAAAUGAUAGAAACUUUGUCAAUGAGGGCUUCUCAAAAGGCAGAUUGGAGCUGAAGCGAGAUCUGUCACAGUGCUUUUAAAAUGGCAUAGAAAAAGUAAUGAACUGGAAGCAAGGGAAUACUCGUAUAGGGGGUUAACCCUAGAGGAACUACAGUAUAGUUUAAAAAAAGGUCAGUGGGUACUCACAAAUGAGUUGAUCAACAAAUGAUAAGCAAGGCUAUAAAAAGUGUGUACUAUAUACAAGGAUCAGCUUAAUAUGUGGAUAUUCCUAAUAGGCAAGAGUACUGUGUGAACAGAUAACUCUUAAGAUGACAAAGUGUAAAACAACUUGUUACAAAUAUCCAUGUGAAGAAAAUGUCAAUAAAGGAAACAGACUCACACUAAAUCUGUUACUACAAUCUAGAUCAGUGAUGGCGAACCUAUGGUCCGGCGUGCCACUGGUGGCACGCCAGGCCCUCUGUUGGCACGCGGCCAUAGGUUGCCGGGAGAGGGGGCCACUGGCUGUUUGCAGAGUAGGAACCUGCCUGCCCAAAACGGCAGGCGCCUACUCUACUUACAGGGGGAGGGCUCUAGAAAACAGCUCUCCUAUCCUCCUGUGAGCAAGCUGUGUGGAGCGUUGCCGCGCAUUACCAUGGCAACGCUCCACACAGCAUCGCACGGGAGGAUAGAACCGCUUCCUACAAUACUUGCCACCACGGAUGGCUGUCCCCCUCCUUCACCCAAGGUAAGAGGAAGGGAGGGGGGGGAUACAGAAUUAAUAUAACUUUUUUAAUGUAUCUUUACCCCGCACAGCACCCCUACACCCCUCAAUGCAGUAUGUGUGUACUCGGCGGUCUGUGUGUACAUUUCAUUUGUUGGAGACUCUAAUAAAUAUAAACUUCAUUUUAUCUAUAUCAUAACUUAAAAUUUUUAUCAUUGAACGGUGUUCUUCUUUUAAAACAAAAGUUAAUUAGUUCGGACAACUGUACGAGUAGUUUUUUUUUCAAAAACUUAAACCUCAGUAUUCAGGUUUAAUUGCCAUGUUGGCACUUUGAGGGAAAAAAAGCUGGCAUGUAUUGUGGUUUGGGCACUUGGGUUUAAAAAGGUUCGCCAUCACUGAUCUAGAUCAACAAGAGUCACUAUCUGAUAUUCAAUAACUAAAUAUUCUGCCUAGAGGUAUACUAAAUUGUGAUAGUAGAUAAGGAGGUCCUGUUCAAAAUGGCAAAUUUACCUUAUAUUUUUCUUUCCCCACUCCCAAGAUGCUAAUGGGAAAGAUGUUCAAACAACAAGUUGGAUCCCAAGACAGGGGGGUGAGUGUCAAUUUUUUCUUUACGGGAAUUACAGCUUAUAUUUUACGCUAGGGCUUGUGAUAAUUUCUGAAAUUCUCUGACCGGUUUGUAUUUCUUUCAAGGCAAUGAUGAAGAUAUUCAGAAUAGUAAUUGGGCUCCUAGAGGAGGUAUGUAGAAAUUAAUGUACCAUUCUUUUAUUUUUAUCUCUCUCAUGUUUGCGUAGGUGUUUAUAUGAGCGAGAUACACCCUCACAAUCUUAUUCAGGGAUGUAUCAAACAAACUUCUGAUACCUCUCUAGAUUGUAAGCUUGUUUGAGUAGGGAUGUAUCAACUUUGUUUUUUAACAAGACCUUCUAGGUCAUACAUAUUUUAAAUCCCCUCUGUAGUUUUUAAAGGUUUAUAGAACGUUGGUGCUAUAUAAUUAACAUGCAAACCUCCACUUUGACCUUCUUUAAAGUAUUGUGAUGUAUGGCUGUACAGAUUUAUGAAGUACUUUAGCAUUAUACAUUUUGUAACUUAAAUUGCUUCUAUUUUAGCAUUUGGUAGACGUGAAGAGGGACAGAGACGUAGAGGUGGUAAGUAGACUUAAUGACUUUAACUAUUUUCUGUUAAAGAGAGUUGACAACCUGUGGCAGGCAUGUUGCAAACUUAAAGUUCAAUGAGGCUAACUAGGGAAAUCAGAGUGUCUCCUGGAGCCAGCCUGACAGAGGUCCAUGCUUCCUACCCAGCUUGCUGAUUUGGCUCAAUAUCUUACUGUAUAAAUUGUGCAUAUGUGAUGUAUUCCAUUUGGGGAAGGGUUUAGGUUUGAACCGGUCAUGACAGGUGCGCUUAAAAUGUAUAACCCCAGAGUUCUUGGCUUGUCUAAAUCAUGUGUGCUGGGGUGCAACUAGUCCAGGAGAGAAUUAAAAAUAACUCCAGAUGUGCAGUGUCUCAAGCUGAAGCACUGCACAUCCAAACUCCUACCACCAUGAUCACUUGAAAAAGCAGUCAUGGUGGUUGGAGUAACCAUUUAACUCUGGUACUUUUUAAUGCAUGAUGGUCUAUGCCAUCAGCAGAUGUUAAAGCCCUGCACUACAUGAUAGCAUAGACGGUCAUGUGGUCAUUAAGCAGUUCAGAACAUUCUAUAGCUCACACAUGCUGCUUUCCUUGAAGGUUGACAACCUUUUUUUCUUGUGAAGUUUUGGUUAUCUGAAUGUUUGGCCAUCUUGGCGAAUUCUUCACCUAUGUGCAAGAUUAAUGCAAAUCUGCACAUUUCUGUUGUGCUUCAUCUUGUAGGAACUUUUCUGACAGUUGCUGUUGUCUUUUUGAUUCAACUUUGUAUGGGAUACAUUGAUUAUUUGAUGUGCAAACAUUUGUUUACUUUCUUGCAGGCUUUAACAAUGAGAACUCUGAUUUUAGCACACGUGGACGAAGAGGUAGAGGUUUUCCUUCUGGUAAGGUUAUCCUGUUUGUCUUGACAUGUCACUAUAAAAAAAAAUCAUGCUAACUUUUCUAUUCAGUGAUGCAGAAUAUCUUUUUAAAAAAUCAUUGGUUUCCACUGUUCUGCAAGUUUAUUUUUUGUGGGUCCUUUGGAAUAAAGAUUUAAAGGAUGAAUAGGUUAUAUUGCUGAAAUUGGAAAUAUGUAAAGCGUUAAAUUGGCAUGUGCUUGAUAGGAUUUGUUUGGGUUUUGAGACUUGUUCGAGCAGUGCUGUCUUCUCGAACGGUCCUGCUCAACAGAUUUCUCGUUUGAAAUUCAAAAGUGAUGGGAGGCUAGUUGUGGAUCACGUGGGUCAUUUGGUAAAAGGAUAAUGCAAAACAAUUUAAAACUUUCAGAACUAGUUUCACGUGAUUUGUUCCUAUUUAAAGUAGUCUCUAGGGCUGUAUUAAAUAUGGCGGGGAGUGAUCAUGCUGGAGGCCCCACCUAAAGUCGAAAGUGACGUUUUGCACUCAAAUGCAGAGCAAUCUGUUAUUGACACUAAUAAACAAAUGUACUGUAAGGUCCGUAAAGUUUCUCUGGCAACGUUAUCAAAGCCCAUCUUUGCUUCCAAUAGGUGACUUUGCAAGGAGUGGAUUUGAAGGUAAAGGUAAGAUUAUAUCACAGUCUGGUAGUGUUGCAGAUCAAAGGAAAUGUCAAAGUAUUAACGUUGCUAUUGAGACACUGCUGAAUAAAUCUGAAAUUUGAUGUUUCUAAGGGAUCCCCUGUUCCUAGGCAGAAAUGGGGGGCUCUACCCCAUUGCCAUGUAAAACCAACAUUUUUAACUACCAUUUUCAUCCUCAAGGCUGCUUACCCUCUCUGCUUCCAGCACCAUUGUAGAAGGUGCAUGGCCACCUUCAACAACGUUCAUUAAAGGAACAUUGGGGCCCGAAUGCAUGUUGAGUGCUGCUAGUACAUUUAAGCUUCCCUAUAAUACCACUUUGAGUAAGAAAUGCUUUGCUAUGGGGGAUUUUGGUGUCAGAUUUUUACGGUCUGGGAAGUGGAAGCUCCUCUAGUUGAAAUUUCUAAUUUACUGGAAAUGCUAUAGAGUAGUGUUACAAACAAUCCACCCCAGUAGGGUUUCCUUAUGUUGUCUUGGAACCUUAUUUCCCUUUUUUCACACUUUUUUUUUUUUUUUUCCCCAUCGUUUUCAAAGAAAUGAACAAUGGAUGGUAAAGAUAUCACAUUAAUACAAAUAACCUUGAGUAUAAGGGUAACAAUAAGUGUAACAUAUAGUAAGGUAUCAUGUAGCUGUAUACAAGAAUUCUUAUACAUCGUUUGGUAUUAUGAGGCAGUAUAUUCAGUUGAAUUAUCGUUUAACACUCUAUACUUUUGGUACGAUAUAUUUACUUGUGAUACGCACCCUUUCCGUUUGUCACGAAUGGUGGGUGUUAUACAGCUCUUACUGGUUGUUGCCGUGCAAGGUUACCCAGGGAGCCCAAGUUGUGUGGAAUAUUUGUGUUGUCUUUGAGUCUGGGGUGGUCAUACGUUCGUAUAUGUAGUAUUUUUUGGCAAUCUUCAUUUUUAUUGAAGCACAGUAUGCAUACAUACAGAGAAUAAACAAGUAUAAAGCUUACAGACUUCAAGCAUGUUAUCGCACAUAUGGUAACGCUCACUCCGUUUCCCGCCUGUAUUUCCCUACCCAGCCUCUGUGAUUAACUGAACUUUAGAACGUGUUCCGUAUGUGUCUAUGGGGGAAGAUAGGGUAAGGGAAUAGUGUGUUCCUCUUUUUUUUCCUUCAUUUCAUUUUUCCCCUUUGGGGGGAACUAAUCUCUUCCCCCGCUUUCGUCCCGCUCGAGUAUUUGGCUUGAGAUAAUGACCCUGCGUUAACAAGUCAGCGACCAAUAUCUGUCUGGGGUGUGUUGGUGUAAGGUCAGUCAUGCAUGGUAUGGGAGAGAAGUGGAGGAGAAGAAAAGGGGGGGGGGUGGGGGGGGGAGUGAGGAAGGGGGAUGUCGGCCAAGGCGGGGGAAGGGAAGGGGUGAAUCCGCCUGCCCCCCACGUCCCAACCCCGCGCGUGCCGGUGCUCACCCUGCUAUUCGGCCCCCCGCUCCGGCCGUCCUACACGCCCACGAGCCAUGUACUUGAUCCCGGGAGCCCAAAGGUGGGUGCAUUUCUCCCCUGUACCUCUCAAUUCCGCCGUGAGGCUCUUCAUGCUGUAUAUUUCCUCCACCUUCUCCAUCCAGUUCGUAUAUGUAGUGUUGUAUUUUAUCCCAUAGUUGGGCUCUGUUUGGGCAGAUCGUGGAUUUCCAAUUGCAGUAUAUUAAGUUGCGGGCCGCCAAAAUGGUGAUUGCACUCCAGUUGUUUGAGUAUUCGAAUUGUGGAGGGAAUCACAUAAGUAGGUAUAUUUCCAGGGUAUUCCUGGUAUUUGGAACAUUGAGGGUGCGUAUUGUCUUGUACCUCUUUCCAGAGGGGUUGGAUGUUAGGGCAUGACCACCGUAUGUGUGCCUUCUGCUGUUGAGCAUCUCCAGCAGAGGGUGGACGUAUUGGGAUAUAUUUUGUGGAGUUUAUAUGGGGUUAAGUGCCAUCUAUACAGCAAUUUUCUUUGUGCUUCUAUAUGAGUGUAGCAUUUAGUCCAUUUAGAUAAAUCAUUCAGUGCGUGGGUCCAUUCCUCGUCUGUAAGUUGGAUAGCACAUUCUGCUUCCCACAUUGUUUUGCAGUGCGGUUUAGUGGUGGUUAAAGGGACACUAUAGUCACCUGAACAACGUUAGCUUAAUGAAGCUGUUUUGGUGUAUAGAACAUGCCCCUGCAGCCUCAUUGCUCAAUCCUCUGCCAUUUAGGAGUUAAAUCCCUUUGUUUAUGAACCCUAGUCACACCUCCCUGCAUGUGACUUGCACAGCCUUCCAUAAACACUUCAUGUAAAGAGCCCUGUUAUUGCAAGUUCUGUUUAAUAUAGAUUUUAUCCCCUGCUAUGUUAAUAGCUUGCUAGACACUGCAAGAGCCUCCUGUAUGUGAUUAAAGUUCAAUUUAGAAAUUGAGAUAAAUUAUUUAAGGUAAAUUACAUCUGUUUGAAAGUGAAACCAGUUUUUUAUGCAGGCUGACAAUCAUAGCCAGGGGAGGUGUGGCUAGGGCUCCAUAAACAGAAACAAAGUGAUUUAACUCCUAAAUGACAGUGAAUUGAGCAGUGAAAUUGCAGAAGAAUGAUCUAUACACUAGAACUGCUUUAUUUAGCUAAAGUAAUUUAGGUGACUAUAGUGUUCCUUGAAGGUAUUUUCCCAGGCUUUAUAGCAUUGUGAAAUGCUUUUCUGUUUCAUAGGGUUCUUCCAGCAUCUUUCUAUUAUCGCCUUUGCUGGAGGGGGAGCUUGGAUUAAGGUUUUGUCUAUUUACAUGUGUGGUGAUCCCUUUUUAGUUGUAGGUAUGUGAAAAUAGUGUUUGCUGGUAAGUCCCAUUUUUGCUGUAAGUCUGUGAAGGACAUUACCCCUUCAGAGUGCAAUAGUUGUAUGUGUGUAAUUCCUGCUCUUAAUGCAGUUAGUGGUGUGUUGGGAUGGAAUGUUUCCUUGGCUCCUAAUGUGUAUAGGAAUGUUGACCAAGUUUGGACGGUCAGUUUCGUGGUUGGCAAUAGGUUCAGUUUGUUUGGCCUAUGUUUUCUCGGCGUUCAUGGGAAGUCAAGUGCUGCGUUUUUUGUCAAACUGGGCUCUUUCCAUGUCCACCCAUUGAAUAUUACCCUCUUCGGUGUGUAACAGUAUGCCUGACGCUAGUACCGAAGCUUUAUAAUACUGGCCUAUAUCAGGUAACACACUCCGGCUUUUUUUGAGUGUUUGUAGAGUAAGGUGCAUGAUACGCUUUAUUUUUUUUAAUUUUUUUUGUUUCCCCAUAUGAAUGAGCUGCAGAUGUUUUGUAGGGAUUUAAGGAGUGUUUGUGGGGCCGGAAUGUGGAGCAUUCUGAAUAUGUAGAGUAUAUUAGGCAAUAACAUAAUAUACGCAUUGAUUUUCCCUAGCCAUGAGAUGUGCAUUUGAGACCAUUUUUGUAUGUUUCUUGCAUUGUUGGGAGUGUGAGGUGAUUUUAAUUUCAGUUUUUUCCAUCGACUGCGCAAUUUCUACGCCUAGAUAAGUCAGUGAUGUUGUUCUCCAGUCAAAGGGUAUUUAUCUUUCAGUAUUGCUUUGGUGGCCAAGGGGAGCCCAACAGGGAGGACUUGGGUUUUAUCUUGGUUUAGGCAAUAAUGUGAGAUGUCGCCAAAUGUUUUCAGGGUUUCCAUAAGGGAUGAUAUCGACCGCUGGGGUUUUUCUAAUGUUAAAAUGUCAUCGCGAAUAGCGCCAGUUUAUAUUCCUGUCCCGAGAUUGAUUCCAUUUAUGUUGGGAUCCUUGCGUAUUUUUUGGGCCAGUGGUUCAAGGGAUAGAAUGUAGAGAAGGGGGAAAAGAGGGCAUCCCUGGGUGCGUGCCGUUUCCAGUAGUGAAUGUAUUGGAUAUGAAACCAGUGAGCCACCUUGGCUGGUGGCUUUGUGUAUAGUGCCAUGAUUCCUUUGAUUCUGCAGGGAAUCCAUAUUUGUAAAGCAUUUGUUGCAUAUAUGUCCAGUUGAGUCGGUCGAAAGCAUUCUCCGCAUCUAGUGCUAGGAGAAGGCCUCCGACCGAAACCCUUCCCAUUGUGGUCAGUAUGUUGAAAGUUUUUCGGGUGUUGUCUGAGCCUUGUCUCCCCCAUCAAACCCUGAUUGGUCGUUGUGGACCAACUUCGCUAUUAUUGGUGCGAGUCGAUUGCUUAAUAUUUUUGCGUACAGUUUGGCGUCGCUGUUUAGGAGAGAUAUUGGUCUGAAAUUUUUGCAGAUGUUCGGGGGCUGAGUGGAGAUGUGGGCUAGCAGUAACUCUGUUGGUAGGGUUCAUUUUUGGCUACUGUUUUGGUAUAAAUUCAGAAGAUGUGGUGGUAUGAGUCGGGAAUUUUUUUAUAGUAUCUGUUAGGGAGACCGUCUGGUCCUGGUGCCUUGUUCGUUGGUAAUUCUGCUAUGGCUUUGGAUAUUUCUUCAGGGGAUAUUGGUUGUUUAAGGUGGUGUAUGUCGUCCUGUGUCAAGGAUGGAAAGUUAAUGUUUGCUAGGAAGGUAUCAAUUUCAGCCGGAGUGGGUACGGUCACCUCUUUGUCUUCCCUUAGAUUGUACAGUUUGAUAGUUGGCGAAUUCGUUUAAAAUUUGUUUCGGGUCUAUGAUUUUUUUUUUUUGUACUGUUAUUGUUUAGGAAGGCAAUCCUGGAGGCGAUUGACUUUUUUUUGUUUGAGCUGUGCAGCUAGUUUUGCUCUGUCCUUAUUACUAUAAGUAAAGUAUUUUUUUGGUUCUUUGUAGCAUAUAUGUGGUUUUAGCCAGUUCAAAGUCUUAGUUUGGGCUUUUAGUAAGGCUGUUUUUAUAGUAAGUGUUUGGGAUUUUAUUUUUGUUAGGUUCUCUUCCAUUAAUUCUAAGUAUUGGACUUGGCUUUAUUUUGGCCUGGCUUGCAUGUUUUAUGAAGCUGCCCCUUAUCACAGCCUUAUGGGUUAGCCAUAUGUAUUCUGGUGUGGUGUCGGGUUGUACAUUUUCUUUGAAAUAGUUUUGUAGAUCCAUUGUAAUGUGUGAUCCCACUACCGGAUCGUUGAGCAGUGAUUCGUUUAAUCUCCAGGUCGAUCGACCGGUGGUGGAGAAUUGUUCGGUCAGAGUGAUGGGGGCAUGAUCUAACCAAGAAAUAAUGCCGAUAUCUGUUUUAGUCUUUCUAGUGAUGUGGCUUUAAUUAGGAAUCUAUCAAUUCUAGAAUAGCUGUUGUGUGCAGCAGGUAUAAUCUAUUUCUGCUGGGUGUGAUAUUCUCCAUGGGUCUAUAAAGUUGUUAGUGUUUGGCAGAUUUUAGAUGUUUGUUGUUUCAAAGUUGUGGUGGUUACCAUUGACGUAGAUGAAUUCAUAUGUAAGUCUAGGAGAAGAUUUGUCGCCUCAAAGAAUUACCUCCCCAAAGCUGUACCUUGUCAAGAGACAGAACACAUUAUCUAUGAAUACAGGUUGACUUUCAAAGGGGAGUUGAAUCUGGGAGUGGAGCCCCACUUAAAAUGGGUCUCCUGAAAGAAUGCCACAUGCGCCCCCUGUCUUUUGGCCUCUUGGAGAGAGUCUGCAUUUAUUGGGUGUAUUCAAACCUUUAAUAUUUAGAGAAGAGUUUUAGUGGCAUGUUGUCUUUAUAUUGGUGCUAUUUGUGUAUAUAAUCAUACGCCUUAUCAGAUAAAAAAAAAAGUACUUUGGGUGCUAUAUUUGUUACCGAGACUGCGGGAGGUAAACUUGUUGGGUACGGGGUAGAACUAUGUACACUUGCCCGUUAGCCACUAGGGCCUGAUGCAGCAGUGUGCAGACGGGUACUUGAUGGCUCGGUAAGGGGGUUAGUGGUGACUUAAUGUCAAGGUAAUUCAGUAUUAAGAGAAAGUUGGCUAUAAUCUUAACCUAAGCACUAUAGGAUUUUAAAGAUCUAGGUAGAGUAGUGUGAAUCUCGCCAAUUGUGGGCCUGUGUUAAAGGGCCACUUGCGCGGUAAAAUUACCCUGUGCGCUUAGAAUUUUUUUUUUUCUCUUGCAUUAAACCAUUUAACCCAGUUAAAUAAUUCAACACUUAUGCGAGUUCAGUGAGUUACGUGUCUUGGAGCGGAGCGGGAUGGUUUUCAGGGCUGGUAGUUUCUGCGGCUUUGUGUAGUAUUGAUCUAUGGAACUUGUUGCCAGUCUCACCAUUUUGUGUGGUGGUACAUCAGAUCUGGGCCUUUGGUUCUGCGGGAUAAGGACCGGAAUGUUAGUCUUUCAGAAUCUUUAUGCCAUCUUCGGGUGUGAGGAUUGUUCUGUCCACUCCAUUUCGUUUGACGAGCAGCUUGGUAGGAAAUCCCAUUUGUAUAUGAUGGCGUUUCUGAGGGCUGUUGUGAUUGGUGCAAAUGAGUGUCUUUUGUUCAUUGUUGCUGCUGAGAGCGAUAAACAAUUUUAUGUCUCUGUAUUCUUCUGGGAGGGAUGGAUUGAGUCUUGAUGUCUGCAUUUUUUCGGUCUUUGAUCGUGAAAUAGUGGAUUCUAGUUGUGACCUCUCGGGUUAGUUGUGGGCAGAUGCCUUGGUUUGGGUAGUCUGUGGGUUCUGUCCAGGCAGAGGUCUGCCUCUGUCAAUGCUGGGAUUAGAGACUUGAACAACAUCUGUACAUAAUGUGAGAUCUUGUGGACCUAUAUUUUCAGGUAUUCACGUAUUAUGUUCCGUCUAUCUCUAUCCUCACUGUCUGCAAUUUUUCUUUCUAGGUAUUUAACUUUGUUUUCUAGUGCGGUGUGGGCCUCUGCUAGCUCAUUGUGGGCUUCUAAUAUUCCCUCCGUUUUUUUCCUCUAGGUGGGCUGUUCUAUCACCUAUUGCUUGUAUGUCAGCUCAAAUGUCUGCCGCUAUUUGUUGGAUAUCUGAGGAGAGGGCUGAUUUUUAGUUUGUCCAGCAUGGUACUCACUGAAGCAUUUGUGGCAGUGAUGGAGGCUGUAUUGCUGUGGUAGCUCUGGAUGUCUCCUGUUUCUGCUUCUGAUGUAGGUGAACCAGGCGUUCCGGCACCAUCUUGGUCGCAUGGGUGCUCCGCUUGUUGCGAGCCGAAAUGAGUCGAUCAUUUUCUGUUUUAAUUUUUUGGAGGAUUUCGUUGCCAUCGUGGUCAGGGUGUAUCUGGAGGUUAAAUAGGCUACUUUUGGUGGCAGAAGUGCUGUGAUCCACGCUGUAGGGCCCACUGUUUUGGCGGAGUUCUCCUUCUAUGCGACUUCUUCCGUGCUGUCUGUGGCCACGCCCCCUUUCCCUUUUUAGCUAAUGGCACGAUCUUCCCUCAAAACAAUGAAAUUGGCACUUCUAUAAACUGGGAUUUUAAAGGGAUACUUCACAUCCAUAUAGCUAUUCAGCAAGCUUGAGUGCUCCUUAACAUAGUGUGCAGACUAAUCUCUACUGUUUUCCUGUCGAAACUGUUAAGCAAGAUAAAGCAUUAAAAAUUGCUGUCGUGUACCAUCCAUGCACACCAAAAAAGUGGAACUGGCAUAAAGUAUAAAAUACACUUAGUGUUUGUUUUGUUUUUUUUCUUGUCUGUAAAAUGAGGCUCAAAAUAAACAAACUGUAAAACACCAGGGUGUCUACAAGUUGCAUUUGUGAUGUGCUAGAACAACCCACACAUUAGAAACCUGCCUAUUUCAGUUUUAAAUUUACUUGCAGGAUAUUGAACUAAUUUGGCUUUCUAACAUUUUCAAUACAUAGCAACGGUAUUGGGAGGGGGGUAAUUUUAUAGUAGCACAUAUGUUUAGAAAAUAUGUAGCAAAAUUGCAUUGCAUAUGUAAAAAAUGGGGGAAAUACCACAAACUUUGAAUAAAUGCUGAAAAUGUGUCUCUGUAACAAUUUAUAGCACACAAGGUGAUAGAUCUCAGACUGUCAAAUUUCAUAAAUGGUGUGUGGUGAUGAGGUAAUUUGAAUUCAUGAACUGCUAAAAUGUCUCAAUGAGAUCUAGGUCUAGCAAAUUAAUCUGAACACAAGUUUGAUCCUGCAACACAUAAGUCCCCUUAACCUCAGUGUUUUGGUGUCCUGUUGUAAUGUGCAAAAGAGUUAAAGAAAAGCUUGAAGAAAGAGCAAAUACUUAUGCCUUUAAUACUUUUCUCAAGGUCACAAGCCUGUGUUUAAAUUUAUAUAUUUAAAUGCUUUUCCUUAGUUUGGGGCAGUUCAAAUAGGGAGGGUUUAAUUUACAUGGUUUAAAAUUUUUUUUUUUUUAACUAUACAUACAAAGUUGGAUAGGUGGGUAGUAAAAUAAUUUUGCCUACUCACCAUAUGUGGUUUUAGUUUACAAGACUACUGAUGGAGUAUAUAUGAAUUUGACCAUUGUUAAUGUUUUACAAAAACUCCAGAUAAAGUGAAACUUGCAUGUUAUGCCUUUUUGUCAAGUUGAUUUUAACUUUACGUAAUGUUUUCUUGUAAUGUUUUCAUUAUACAGGUGGAUAUAGAGCAAGCAAUGAAGAAGUUGGUAUUGAAUCGAGUGAAGGUAAUUAUUGUAACUGUUCAUACAUUUGUUUUUUGUUUUUCCAUACGCAAACUAAAAGACUUUGGUUUUUUAGGGCACGAGUUGAGAAAUGCGAAUGGAGAUCAAGGUAUGUCAGUAAAACCUGAACUGUUCACAACUGUGAAGUUUGUUUGGUCUUUUAACAUUCAGAUUUUUGCUGCAAUGCUGAUUAUAAUGUAAUUUUUAUAUAGGUCCAAAGGUUACGUAUAUUCCUCCCCCUCCACCUGAAACUGAAGAGGCUAUAUUCAAGCAUUAUCAAACCGGAAUAAACUUUGAUAAAUAUGAUGAUAUAAUUGUCGAUGUAUCUGGAGUUGAUGCUCCUCCAGCUAUAAUGGUCAGUAGGCUUUUAAAAAGUUUUUUAUUUAUUUAAAUAUGCUUUAAAGUAAUAUGUAAAUGAAAGACUAGGCUUUUUUGUCCAUCUUGGGUAAAAUGUCUUAACAUGAUAACAAUUUUCAAAUAAAUAUUAAAUGUAGAAAAGUGACAAGUCUACAUUGCUAUACUUGACUGCAUCCAGAAUCUGUGCCUACAUGUUGCCUUCCUGUCUCUUGUUUUAAAGAGCUUUUAUAGUGUAAGACAGGGGGUUCCCAAUAUAUUUUUCUCGUGGAACCCUUUCACGUAGUGUAUCAACAUCAUGACACUCGGAUACACACUGGGACAUACACACUGACACACAUACUUUGACAGACCCACACUCACUGAAACACUUUUACACUCACUGACAAGCACAUACACUUUGACACACACAAACUUUUUUUUUUUAAUUUUUCAUCCACAUCUCCUAUCUUUAGGAGUGCCUGGGGUCUAGUGGGGUUGCUGGGCAACUGGCAUGGGGUCCCUGGACUGGCGUACGGUCGGUGAGGGAGCAAUGAUCUCCCUUCUCAGCUCCCUCACGCGCUUUGGUUAUACCGGAGUGACGUCCUAUUCCGACUUAGCAUUAUUACUGUGAGCGCAAGGGAGUUGAGCACGGAGAUCACUGCUCCCUCGCUGCCCGCGGCCAAUUUAUUUUUAAAAAUGCUUGGGGGAAAUCUCCAUUAGUGUAUCCGUGUUUAACUGACUGGUUGUCCUCGUGCAGAGCAACAAAGUCGCCUACCUAGGAGACAGUACUUGUAGUGAUGGACACUAGAGGCAGUUUGAGAAACUGCAAUAAUUACAUUGCCAGACUUAAAACUGUGACUUGCAUUGCAGUACUAAUGGCAAUGGGGACAAAGUAUCCAGACUUUUUCAAUAAGCUGUAGUCCCGGGAGCUAAAGUGCUUUGCCUACAGAAGUAAUGCUUGCCUUGGUUGUGCAAUAUUUGAAAAAUUUGUAAAGGGGCCUCCUAAAUUAAGCUAAAUGGGUUUUUUUUGGCAUUAGACACCCUCCUUUAAACACUUUUAAAAAUUUUAUUUUUUUGUUAAAUGUAUUUUUAAUAUAGCUGUAAAGGAGGGGUGUGUGUAUAUAGAUACACAUUCAUGGGAUACAAAUUUGUAUUCCUUGUGCUGUAGUGUUCCUUUAAAAUUUGUGAUGUUUGUAUGGAUACUUGUCUUGUUAUAUUUGUUUUGUCAUCCUCUUGUAGACAUUUGAAGAAGCUAAUCUUUGUGAUACUCUAAACAAGAAUAUUUCCAGAGCUGGAUAUGUGAAACUAACGCCAAUUCAGAAAUACAGUAUUCCCAUCAUAAUGGCUGGGCGUGAUUUAAUGGCAUGUGCACAAACUGGUUCUGGAAAAACUAAGUUUCUUAAGUUUAUUUUCUUUUUCCUUUCAUCUAACCAAUUUUAGAGAUACACUAUUUAAAACAGUCAUUUACAUGGAACUGCAUGAGUCGCAUGGUUAAGCAAGUAUCUGACUGGAAAUGCUGUUAUAAAUGCCCCUUUCCUGUUCUCCCCCCUGUUAUCUAUUUGACAGGUCAAGUCAUUGAACAAGGUUAUCAAAUCGGGAAAUGUAAUUUUUCUCAUUGUUUUCAGUGGUUUACUUGUUGGCCUUAUGUUCUGCUUUGCUGCAUAAUUUGUAUUUUAUUUUUAAGGCGGCAUUUCUCUUGCCAAUCUUGGCUUAUAUGAUGAAUGAGGGGAUUACAUCUAGCUCAUUUAAGGAACUUCAGGAACCUGAGGCAAUCAUUGUUGCUCCAACAAGGGAAUUGAUUAAUCAGAUCUAUCUAGAUGCCCGAAAAUUUGCUUAUGGGUGAGUAACAAAAGCAGCUAAACUGUGUCUUUUCUUUUUUUUUUUCUUUGCCAGUAUACAAAUCUCUGGUGAAUUGAAUAGUCCCCUUGAACAGAUAUUUGCCAUCCUUGGAUUGUUUGCUAUAGUGUAAAUUUAAAGUGUUAACCAUCUUAGAAUAUUCAACUAUAUUGGUUUAACGGUCAGCUUAUCAUUGUGACUUAUUUUGGCCUUUAAUAUGAAACAGGAUUUAGUUUCCCUCUGGGUUAGACACCGUGCACAACUGAGAUUCACUCUGUCUAGACUGGAAAAGGCAGGUAGUCACCUAAAUAUAUAAAAAUUCAGCUCCUCAAACUUCUCCUUAAGGUAUAAAAACUACAAAAGCACAAAUAACCCCAGUUAUUUCUUUGGCAGGAUAGGCAGUGCACUUAUUCCCUCCUUAUUUAAUAAGUUUUUCUGUUAUUGGCUUGUAUGUUUUCUGGGGUAGUGUGGGCUUUUGCCCUUUUUUAUACUUUAUUAGUAUAAGGGGCUUAACUUUAAAAUUUCUAGGUUUCUGCCUUUUCUGGUCUAGACAAAGUAAAUAUCCCAGUGCACUGCCUCUAAUACUCUAGGAAAACAUUGGUAAGUAAAAUUUGUUUCAGAAUAUGCAGGUGUCUUCUUGGUUAUUCAUGAAUGUCUUCGAAAUUAUUUGGCAGAACCUGCGUAAGGCCUGUUGUAAUAUAUGGAGGAACGCAAACUGGUCAUUCAAUAAGGCAAAUAUUUCAAGGUUGCAACAUUCUCUGUGCUACACCUGGACGGCUAAUGGAUAUAAUUGGCAAAGAGAAGGUAAAGAUGCAUUUUAUUUUUUUUCCAAAAUGUAUAAAGCACACAUUCAAGAACAAAGUAACAAAGCUAUCCUAAAUCACAUUUUGAUUAAAAACUCAGAUCAGAAUAACCCAGAAGUGAAAUAUUGGUUGCAGGAGGCAAUGUUACAAGAGUGUUUCACAGUACCCACUUCUCCUUUAAGGUGGCUUGUUGCAAACUGACUCUGAGAACUGAUCUGGAAGUAGGACUCGUAUUAGUGGAGCUCCUCAGCUCUAGUCAAUAUACUUUCAGGAUAUAUCCACAAUGCUUACACUUUUUUUUUCUUUCCCUUUUUGUGUUCUAAAACCUGCUUUGGAUUCUUAGUCUGUCAUCCACGCAUGAACCAGAUCAAUAUGGCCCCUUAAUGUGACAUCCUCGGCAGAUGGCUAGUAUGUGGAGAUUGAGAACAUCUCUCCCAGCCAACUUUAUCAUUUCCUAGAGUUGGAUGAUUAUUUAUAAAGUGCCAACAAACUCUGCUGCAAUGUACAAUAGGUGAACUAACAAGUAUUUGCAACAAGAAAAGUUAAACACUGCUCAAAUUUGCUUACGUUCUAGAGGGGUUGAUUCCAUACUUGUACAACGAUUGAGACCGUUUCAAGACUUAGUAAUGUUUCAAAAAUAUCUGUGUGAGCGAGAACUGAAAUGAGGCCCCACAAAGUAGUAGUGCCUACUUUGUCUUGUCUUUAGUUGUAAACACAGAUAAGAUACAGGCUGUAGAACUGUUUUGCAGUAUUAGAUUAUAGAUUUACAAAAUAUAUUCUGAAAUGGUGGUUUUUAAAAGACAACCACUAGUAGGUGAUGAAAAGGCAAUAUAAAACUCCUGCUCUUCAGAAACUUGAACAGGGGCAAUUGUCAAAGUUCUGAACCCCCAAAAACUAGAAUUUGAGCGAUAUAUUAAACCAUAAUUUAAAGAGACAAAUGGCGCGUGUGCUGCAUUUAAGACCGGAUAGCAGCCUAGAAAAUCUCCCAAUACUGUGGUUUUUUGGUUUUGUUUUUUAAAUUUACUUUUCAGCUUCUUGGGGGGAAAUUUUUGUUUUUUGGCACACUGACACUGCUACAGGCUAGUGUUUUUUUGUUUUUGUCAAGCUCUUAAUGCCACGACCGCACGAUCAAGUAGCUAAAUGUCAUACAUGGUGAUAUACAGUCGCAGCGGAAAUACUAUAUUCAAGUUUUUUGUUUAAGAAAAGUAAGAAAACAUAAGUAAUAUCCUUGUCUAGCGGGUAGGCUGAAUAUUAUAUAACGACAGUAUGCUAUACAGUGCUAAACCUUGGUGAUAAGCUUUUGGGUAUAUAUAUGCCUAUUGCAGUCAGCGUAAAGGAGCGCUAUUGGGGUAGGAACACAAACUUGUAUUCCUGACCCUAUAGGGUUAAAACCACCAUUUAGCCACCCUGUCCCCCUCAUGCCUCCCUAAAUAUAGAAAAACCUUACUUGUAUUCAAGCCUGUAGCUCUGCAUGUGGUUUGCCUUAGAAAACCAAGCUGCCUGCUGACAUCAGAAGUGGUGGCCUGAUCCAAUCACAAUGCUUUCCCAUAGGAUUAGCUGAGACUCACCAGGUGGCAGAUCAGGGAGAGAGCAGCACAAUUCAAACACAGCCCUGGCCAAUCAGAAUCUCCUAAGAGAUGAAUUGAAUCAGUGAAUCUCUGAGGAAAGUUCAGUGUCUGCAUGCAGAGGGAGGAGAUACUGAAUGUUUGGAAGUAUUUUAGGUAUCUAUGACCUAGGAAGGAUCUCUAACAGCUAUCUGAGGAGUUACCAUUGAAGUUAUCCCUAGGCUUUAAUGUAAACACUGCAUUUUCUCUGAUUCUACUCACCAGAACAAAUUCAAUAAGCUAUAGUUGUUCUGGUGACUAUAGUGUCACUUUAAUAAGUAAAGUCCUAGUGUUAAGUAGGCUAAGGCCUUGUCAUAGGCUAGACUAAAAGCAAUUUGCGUAGAACAGGUAGGUAAAUGGUAGCAGGAGACCAGUCUAGCUGUUGGUUAUAGACCGGUUUCGCUCAUCUAUAUAGGAAGAGCCUGUGCGGUUCUGCAUUUAGUUAAUACUGCUUAAGAGGGCAUAACACUGUGUGGUCCAGGCUAGACUAGUUAGUAGGCAUAAGAGAAGAGUGAUAAAUCAGGGUGAGAGUCAUGCUAAAUAAGCCACCGAUCUGGCACAUAUCAAGAUUGGACAGGCUAGAAAAACAAACGCAGAGGCGUAUUGGAGGCAUUAACUUAUACAGUUCUGAUGGCGUCUCAGAUCAUUAAGGGAGUUCUCCUUUAGGAGCGUUAACAUGCAAGUUCUGCGGACCUGUUAGUCUGUUCAACCAAUACUCAUACUAGGUAAAGAGGCACCUUUGGUCACAGAGGGUGGCAGGGUGUAAGUAGGCCACCCUCCAGCCCAGGCCAUUUGGAAGGCCAGCACCUGUGCCACUCGGAUGCUCGUUGAGGCUGGAUCUUCCCUUUGUAGGGCGCAACGGGAGGCCCAGAUGUUCUGCUGUGGUCGGCUUUCCGGCAAGGUGUUAAGUGCUGUGGAUGUUUCCUCCACUUGGCCCUCGGCCCAGGUUGGCAUUUGCCACAAGUGGCAGUUGCAAUGCAGGAUGUGCCCAACGAAGACCUGUUCUGCCGCGGUUGGCUCUCCCAUCUCCCUUUUCAGGGUUAGAAGGUGCCUGUGUGCUACUUUGCUUCAGAUGUUCCCAAAAAAGUUGUAAUCUCGUCUAGUUUCACAAGUAUGCUUCACUGGCUUGUGGCAAUAGCCCCCAGUUUGUGGUAGAGUAGGCUGACAGUGGGAGCGUGUCCAUCUUGCGGGGCCUGCUGUCUGUCGCUAAUGCUAAAGAUUCCUGCCGGGGCCGGUUUUGCUGUGCGCCUCAGGUAGGUGGGGGCCGGGAUUGCCUCCGCUGGUCCAUAGGGGUCAACAGGAGCCCAGUUUGAAGUAUGCUGCUGAUUGUGACUGCAGGAGUGCGGACACCUCUCCUGCGCCGGCCAUGUGUGUAGGCCGCAAGAUCUGUUGUGGCGGAGCUGACCCGGUAGGCCACAUAUGUAUCUUUGGGUAGGUCUCAGGUUUCCUUGUCAAUUAUGCGUCAGGAUUGAGCGGGUCACUGCUUUCUCCCUUUGUUAGACUGUUAAUUUGACGCGCGGUGUAGGAGCUGCAUACACUCAGGUCAGCCCUGGCCCCCAGGCUAGUGUUUUUAAAGACUACAUUUUAAUACAUGUUAGUAGUACUCAGGGCCACCAUCAGGGUCCCACUCCCACCGGGAUGGAUGGCGAGGAAAGGGUUGACUCUUACCUCUUCGGCUGAAUGCGCAUGCGCGGUAGCCAGUCUCAUAUGAAAGCAUUCAUAAUGCUUUCCUAUGGACGCUUGCGUCUUCUCGCUGUGAUUUUCAGUGAGAAACACGCAAACGCCUCUAGCGGCUGUCUGUGAGACGGCUUAAGAGGCUGGAUUAACACCAUUAUAAACAUAGCAGUUUCUCUGAAACGGCUAUGUUUUAUAAAAAAAAAGUUAAUCCUAGAGGGACCUGGCACCCAGACCACUUCAUUAAGCUGAAGUGGUCUGGGUGCCUAGAGUGGUCCUUUAAGGUGCAAAAAAAAUCUUCACAGCGACCCCCUCGCUUCCCCCAAUCAUACCCCUUUAUCCAUGUACAGUGUAUGCCAAUAGCUAUGUAGUGUUUAUAUAUAGGAUUUAUAAAAUUAAUUUUUUUGUAAAUUCUUUAUUUUUGAGUUCAUGUAACUUUCAUUUAAACUUUCAUUUGUGUGGGAUACAGAAAAGAGGGUUGUAACAUAGUACAAUAAAUGAGGUUACACUUUCAGGUUUGAAAUUGUCCAUUUGCAUUCAUUCUUUUUUUUCAUGCAUACUGCUUUUGCUGCUCUGGGUCGGGAGAAACGGGGUGGGUGGAGGGUGAGGGGGUGUCUCCCUCAGUGUUUCCACCAGCAUCCCUGUUAGUGUUGUUGUUGUUGUUUUGGGUGUUAGUCUAUGGUUUUAUUGUGUUAAGCUAGUGUAUAGUUCAGGCCUGGUUCGUGGGCUCUUUGAAGUCAUGUGAUCCCGUUCUGUACUUUGCAGUAUGUUAUCUUGUUCCUUGAGGGAUACGGUGUUACCUCUGGGUUUAGGGGUAUAGAACUUGGAGUCGGUGCGGGGAGGAAGGGGGGGUCGCCCCCUUCUCUGGUGGGGGUUGCCCAUGUGUCCUUGUGUCAUUUUGUGGUGUUUGGUUGAACUCUUGAGUUCUCUAAAUUUGAAUCAGAUGUUUUCUUUGUUUUGGUUGUGUUUAUGUGGGUGCUCUCUGUAAGUACGGGUGUGUGGUUGGGUGUGAGAUCAGUGGGAUGGGGAGGGGGGCUGUCUGUUCUGUUCCCUCCGCCUUUGCCAUACAAGAUUUCCCUCCACUGCCAACCAGGGGUCCCAGAUCUUAUGAAAGGAUCUGGUAUUUUCGUGUAUUAGUGCGGACAGUUCGUCCAUUUCCAUAGUCUCCUUGAUCUUUCCCUGGGCAUCUGGGAUCUCCGGACUUCCCCAAAGGCCACCUUUGCUACUAGCUUAUUUUGUGCUCGGGUCAGGCUUUCGUGGGGUUUUGACAGCAGCCAAGUCCAUGGGUCUAGGGGACGUCAAUUUGUAGUGCUUUCGAGGUGGUAGCGGCCAUUUCUUUCCAUAUUUGGGUUAUGUGCUGACAUUCCCACCACGUAUGGACUUAUGUUCCCUUCUCACCACACCCUUUCCAGCAUCUGAUAAAAUUUAAUUAUUUAAAAACAAAAAUGAUUCCUCCUUCCCUGUUAUUACCUUGCAGGUAGGUGGGCAUGUUAAACUUUGGUGAUCAGGUAUGCUGGGAAUCUGGUCGGUGUCUACACCGGGUGCAAGACCAUAAGUAACUGUCUUCUUAGCUCAGGCACUUAGUGUCAGCUUUCCUCUAGUAAUCCGUGGCAACGUUCUGAUUGGCCAGAGCUCUGAUUGUAUGAGAGCUCUGCUGUAAUAAAUUUCUUAUGAUGUGUGUGGUGUCUGGGUGAUAGGAGUGAUGACUGUGUGUGAUAUGUAUGUUAUGUGUUGGAGGUGUGUAAUAUUUGAAUUGUUGUAUUGACUGUGUGUAUUGGAUGUGUGAUGUGAGCUGAUAUGAAGAGCAGAGGUCUUGUACUGGUAGGUGGGGAGCAGUAGGCAUGGGGAGGAGCAGCAGUAGUGUAGUGGUAGGUGGGGGAGCUGGGGGCGCAGUUGUGUAUUCGUUGGGGAGCAGGGGCACAGUAGGGGGAGUAGUGAUAGCUAGGGGCACAGUGGUGGUAGGUGGGGGAGCAGGAACAGAUUCCUCUAACUUACCAGGCAGACGGUUUGUCUGCCUGUAGCUUCGCCCCACUUGCAGUGUAGCUCUGCCCCCUUUGCCCUCACUGAUAGACCUGAGUGGGGUAUAGAAAUAAGGGCAGAGUUAAGAGGUGGGGGUGGAGCGCGGCCACCCUACACAACAGGAGUGCGAGCUGUUGGCCACAUGGCUCCCUGUGCGGCCGCACACCUCUAAAGCUGGCCCUGGUAGUUCUUCCUUGCUUAACAAAGGCUACCAUCUAAUGCAGAUCACCACACAAACUUGCCACUUAUGCCCACUGAAUCAGGGAAAAGGUCUGCAUAGAGGACAGUGUACCAAUGCGAUAACUUGUAAUGGAAGCAAUGAAAAGGGCCAGCUAAACUAUGAAUAUUGUCUCUGGGUAAAUGAAGCAAUUUGUAAUAGCAUUUGUGUGUCCAGAAAUAAAUCCUGUAGUAUUGAAGCUGAUGGAAUAUGCUGCUUUUUUGCUGAUUAUGAUUCUGGCUUAGUUCGGUAUACGAGGCAGAAGAUAAAGCAGGCUAUGUACAAAUUUGUGCCUAUGUAAGAAGCAUUCAUGUAUCAAAGAUUACAAUGACACGACAUGCAUGUAUUUUGUUUUAUUUUUUUUUAGAAGUUUUUCAAAGUUGCAGUUCUUAUGAACUACAGUCUUUGCAAGCCCGCUGGAGGGCUUCCUCCUUGCAUGUCUGUUGGCUGGGUUCUGGACAUGGGUCUGAAGUAUGCGGUGGCGGAGAGGGUGCAGUCAAUCUCAACUGUGUAUUACCUCAUCAUUUUUUUUAUUAUUUAUUUAUUUUAGAUUGGCUUAAGUAAAGUGAAAUUCCUAGUUUUGGAUGAAGCAGAUCGAAUGCUUGACAUGGGAUUUGGCCCAGAGAUUACAAAGCUGGUAACCAGUCCAAAUAUGCCAAGCAAAGAGGAGCGACAGACCUUGAUGUUUAGUGCCACAUUCCCAAAAGAAAUACAGAAGUAAGAAAUGUAUUUGGUUAUGUCCUAUUAUCAUAGACUAUAAAUGCUUGACUGUUUUCCAUGUUUAAAAUGUACUUUUUUUAUUUUAAAGCCUGGCUUCAGCUCACUUGAAACCAAAUUAUUUAUUUGUUGUGGUUGGCCAAGUUGGUGGUGCCUGCAGCGAUGUUGAACAAUCGAUCAUGGAAGUUACACAGUUCCAAAAAAGAGAGAAGUUGCUUGAGAUCUUAAACAAUAUAGGUGAGUGUAUAUUGCGUUUAUUUUUUUUAUUCAGAAGCUGUUGCUACCAUAUACCUCUUAAAAAAUCAAUCCUAAAAGAUUUGAUUAAAUACACUUUAAAUUUUUUUGUCUAAUUACUCAUGCAUUGAAAAACCGGAGUCUCGCUGCGUAGGUGUUGUCUUUGACUCCAACCUCUAAUUCACCCAUUAUGUCCAAUUGCCAAAUCCUGCCGCUUCAUCUAAAAAAUAUUGCAGGAUUUAAUGCCGGUUGCCGCUAAGGUGCUGAUCCAUACCACUGUCCUCUUGCCUUGACUACUGUAACCCGCUUCUCAGUGUCUUUGCUCAUUCCCAACUUGCCCCGUUGGUGUAUAAUAAAUGUGGUCCUGUCCUCCCAUGCCUCCCUCACUUUGUCAGUCCCUACAUUGGCUUCCAGUAAGAUAUAGGUCUCAACGUAAGAUCCUGAUACUUGCUUACAAAUCUGUACACAAUGCUGCUCCCACCUACUUAUCCUCACUAUUACAAAUAUAUGUCCCGUCUAGGCCCCUACGCUCUGCCGGAGACCUAUGUCUAACCUCUGUUCGUAUUUCUACCUCUGGUCACCUUAAGACUUUAGGGCUGCACCGUUCCUAUGGAACACCCUUUCCCUUUUUUUAGACUUUCACCCAAGCUCCACUCCUUCAAAAAAAACUUUGUGAACAGCUUUUCCUCCCCGCAAAAUGGCCCUCAAUAAACACUAUCCUAGCAACCUACUUUUCUACCCCACCCUUGUCUUUUGUUACUAUACCCCACUCCCUCUAGUAUGUAAGCUCAUUGUACAGGGCUCUCAAUCACUCUGUUCCUGUGUCCAACUCGUCUGGUUAUACAAAUACUUGUAUAGUCCACCCAUUGUACAGUGCUACGUAACUUGUUUGUUUUAAAGAAACCUAGUAUGUGACGGCAGAUAAGAACCAUUCGGCCCAUCUAGUCUGCCCAAUUUUCUAAAUACUUUUAAUUAGUCGAUAGCCUUCUCUUAUAGUUAGGAUAGCCUUAUGCCUAUCCCACGCAUGCUUAAACUCCUUUACUGUGUUAACCUCUACCACUUCAGCUGGAAGGCUAUUCCAUGCAUCCACUACCCUCUCAGUAAAGUAAUACUUCCUGAUAUUAUUUUUAAACCUUUGUCCCUCUAAUUUAAGACUAUGUCCUCUUGUUGUGGUAGUUUUUCUUCUUUUAAAUAUAGUCUCCUCCUUUACUGUGUUGAUUCCCUUUAUAUAUUUAAAUGUUUCUAUCAUAUCCCCCCUGUCUCGUCUUUCCUCCAAGCUAUACAUGUUAAGAUCCUUUAACCUUUCCUGGUAAGUUUUAUCCCGCAAUCCAUGAACCAGUUUAGUAGCCCUUCUCUGAACCCUCUCUAAGGUAUCAAUAUCCUUCUGAAGAUACGGUCUCCAGUACUGUGUACAAUACUCCAAGUGAGGUCUCACCAGUGUUCUGUACAAUGGCAUGAGCACUUCCCUCUUUCUACUGCUAAUACCUCUCCCUAUACAACCAAGCAUUCUGCUAGCAUUUCCUGCUGCUCUAUUACAUUGUCUGCCUACCUUUAAGUCAUUAGAAAUAAUCACCCCUAAAUCCCUUUCCUCAUACGUUGAGGUUAGGACUCUUUCAAAUAUUCUGUACUCUGCCCUUGGGUUUUUACGUCCAUGAUGCAUUAUCUUGCACUUAUCCACAUUAAAUGUCAGUUGCCACAAUUCUGACUAUUUUUCUAGUUUACCUAAAUCAUUUGCCAUUUGGCUUAUCCCUCCUGGAACAUCAACCCUGUUACAUAUCUUAGUAUCAUCAGCAAAAAGACAUACCUUACCAUCAAGACCUUCUACAAUAUCACUAAUAAAAAUAUUAAAGAGAAUGGGUCCAAGUACAGAUCCCUGAGGUACCCCACUGGUGACAAGUCCAAGCUUCGAAUAUAUUCCAUUAACUACAACCCUCUGUUGCCUGUCACUCAGCCUUACCCAUUCAACAAUAUUGGAAUCCAAACCUAAAGAUUGCAGUUUAUUGAUAAGCCUUCUAUGUGCAACAGUGUCAAAAGCCUUACUGAAAUCUAGGUAAGAAAUGUCUGCUGCACCACCCUGAUCUAUAAUUGUAGUUACCCAAUCAAAAAAAAAUAAGAUUAGUUUGGCAUGAUCUCCCUGAAGUAAACCCAUGUUGUCUCUGAUCUUGAAAUCCAUGUGUUUUUAGAUGUUCAACAAUCCUUUAACAUGGUUUCCAUCACUUUCCCCACCACUGAAGUAAGGCUUACUGGCCUAUAGUUGCCCGACUCCUCCCUAUUACCUUUCUUGUAAAUGGGCACAACAUUCGCUAACUUCCAAUCUUCUGGGACUACUCCUGUUAACAAUGAUUGGUUAAAUAAAUCUGUUAAUGGUUUUGCUAGUACACCACUAAGCUCUUUUAAUAGCUUUGGGUGUAUUCCAUCAGGUCCCAUUGACUUAUUUGUCUUUACUUUUGACAGUUGAAAUAGAACCUCUUCCUCUGUUAACUCACGUGUAAUAAAUGACUCAUUUAUCCUUUUUCUCAACUGAGGUCCUUUUCAUUCAUUUUAAUCUGUAGAUACAGAACAGAAAUAUUGAGGCAGUCAGCUAGACUUUUAUCCUCUUCUACAUACUUUCCUUUUGUUUUUAAUCUAACUAUUCCUUGUCUUUUCUCAUUUAUGUAUCUAAAAUGUUUUGUCCCCCUUUUUUACUGACUCUGCUAUUUUCUCUUGUGUGUGAUUUGGAAGCUCUUAUAACUUGCUUAGCCUCUUUCUGCCUAAUCUUAUAAAUCAUUGUUUUCCUCACUCAGGUUUUUUUUUAUAAUUCGUAAAUGCUAACUUUAAAUUUUUAUUGGCCAAAAUAGUUAAAAACAAAAAGGCGCACUCACUUGCCCAAAUACAAAAAAUACUGUUUAGAUAUACCACCAAUGAAAAAAUGCAUCUUUUCAUUGGGUGUAAAUGUAAAAUGGCUUGAAAAAGCUGCAGAUUUAUUUUCUGAAGCCUUUGCAAACACUCCACCAGCUCAGACUUGCAGUGCCUGCCUCUUAUAUCAGAAAGCAACAUACUCUGAAAAAUGAAAAUAAAUUCAGUUCCACUGAGCUAAGCAACCAGGAAGUAACUUAUCACACAAAGAUCUUCAGCAAGUAAAAGUGCUCUAGGGAUGUAGCGUAUGUUUAACAGACUCCUUGCUAGUGCCGUUAUUCCUUCCAUUUUGUAUUUCCAGGAUUAGCUCAAAUUUAAGAAGCACUAGGUAGGCACCAUAACUACAACUGAUUCAUUGUUUUGGUGCCUGGUCUACGUUGGGUGCCAGAUCACUGGUCAAUGACUUUAAUCAACAUUUAGUGAAGAUGUUUGGUCCUAUGCAUCCUAUCCUUUAAUUACAAUGUGCCGGAGGAGGAACACUUCUAACUUGCUCAUUUACAAUUAACACCAGGGGUUGAGGCAGUGAACAAUGAUCGGCACCAUUGCCACUUUAUUUUGUGUUUAUGGUGCUUGCAGGGUUCCUUAAGAUUUGUAUUUUCCCAAUAUAUUUACUUUCUCCCUAUCACUCCGUUUUCCUUUUUUUUUUUUGUAAAGAACUACAUUUUCUAUAUGUUACCACUGUUAUGCUAAACCGCAUUUUUUAUUUCUGUACUCACCUCUGUGUACAAUUUGAAAUAUGAAAGCUGUUUUUUUAUUUGAAUUUCAAAUAUGUAAUGUUUAAUUCCUUUCUUUCCAGGUAAUGAACGGACAAUGUUGUUCGUUAAAACCAAGAAGAGUGCAGAUUUCAUAGCUUCAUUUUUAUGUCAACAAAAUAUAACCACAACGAGCAUCCAUGGGUUGGUAUUAUAAACUUUUAUAGUAUAUUUGUACUUCAGAAAUUGUCAGUAUAUACAUUUUUAAGCUAUUUUACAUUUAGCUUAUGCUUGCUAAGAAUCUAAUGGAAUAGUUACGAAAGUUUCACUUUGUGUAGCUACCGGUUUGUGAACUUGCCAAUCAGUGUAUUGAUUGCAUUUUAAAACAUGACAUUGAUUAUAAAACAUACAGAAAUUUAAACUGGCUGUUACCUCAAACUUGCCUUUGUUUUAUUUUCCAUUUUUCAGAGUAUGUUGCUUUCUGAUAUUAGACAGGCUAUUUUGCUUUUUGUUUGGCAUAGGGAGGAGCUUACAGCAGCUCCCAUUACCUUGACAAGGUGUAGCCUGCUUUAAGAUUUACGCUUUAUCAAGAGUAAGAAAUUGUGGGGAUAUUUAUGGGAUGAUAUUAUACAGUCGAGAAUCGCCCACUAUUUUAAUUCUUAGAUCUCAGAUCGUUAUCAUGUAAGUGAAAUGUAUUCCAUACAAAUAAAAUCACAAUUUGUUAUAAAAAUAGAUUUAAUAUAUUGUGACAAAAUAACAAUAUUAGGCAGCAUGCAUGAUAAUUAGUGAAUAUUUAGUAUAACAUAAGUAUACAAUGGAAUGGCUAUACACGUUCCAAUGGCUAACAGCAUUACCUGUCACUUAAUAAGACUUGAGGGUACUUCAGACAGAGUAAAGCUUCACACAGUGAAAAGCCAUAAAAUCUUGGCUAACAGUUAAAUCAAUGGAGUAACCAUUUAAAUGCUGGCUAGAUCCUCCUAGGCAUAUAAAAACCUAUUCUCAUGUAAUUUUCAAUUAAAAUAACAUUCGAAACAGGUCAUUAGUCAUUUCCUGGAACCAUCCAAUAAGAAUAAUCUACCAGAUUUUUACAAAAGGCAAAUUUUAAAUUGCCUAAAAAUAUCUUAUUUUAGAGCAAAUCAAUACACCUAGAUAAAAACAGCGGUAUGCUAACAUGUGAUAAUAUCACAUUAAUAUAUAAUCUUAAUUCCACCUGCAGAAUGGAAUGUUUAUAAAUAUAUAUUCUUUAGUUAACUAAGAUUUCUAAAUAUUGAAAUCUGACCUUGAUUUAUCCAGUCGUAUAUCAUGCUAUUAGUAAAUUUUUAAUUGAUUAAAUAAAACCAGCAUAAUUACCAGUUAUGUAGGUAUUCUCAUCAGAUGAGUAGUCUCAGGAAAAUGCGAGUAUGAUUGGUUGUAUGGAGGUGCGUGAGUAAUAGAGAAAAGUGAUGGUUAGAAAGUAUCAGUAAAUUUUAAGUGUCAAGGAGUUUAAGAGUUGAGUGUUAGUCCCAGAGUGUCCUGAAUCUCUCUGCAUGUCCGAAUCUGAAUGCCCAAACUCCACCAACUACCCCUCUCUUCCCUUUGUCCUAACUUUUAAAGAGCCAGACUCUCUGUACGUCAUUAGUUGAUAAAGCCAAUAGGAAACUGUAGGUGUGUUCAACCUUCAGAUCGCAAUUUAGGUAUUUGGUCCAUAGAGGGCAGUCUCUCCUUACUAAACCUUAACUUUUCCUGAUGACUCUUUUGAUGCCAUUUGGCUUAUCUAAAAUGACUACCAUAACUUAAAUUUGCUGUCAGUUCAAAGCGUUUCUCAGUCUUUGUGGCAACUUUGAUCGUUUUCUAAAAUUGACAGUUCUAAACUCAAUUUCACCCCUUACUUACAAUGGGACCUUGUUAAAUUUAGAAAGUAAAAUUACUCUUCUGUCACUAGUGUCUGUGUUUAUAUAAUGCAUUCCUUAGCUCAGGCUCAGUGGUUAGGAAAGCAAGGAAAUUGUCUGUUAUUCUGAAGAUAGCAAAAUGGAGUCUGCUCUGUUCUGAGUUACUCUGGCAAUAUACACUUUUAAUUUCUUUCUUAGCACAAAAUGUCUGCCGAUAUAAAUAUCCUGACAAAAUACAUAAGUCAAAGGGACUACUUUGUCUUUAUUUUGAUCCAUUUAUUUAGGAAAAAAGAAUAGUUUCUAAAAGAAGAAUGCCUUUUUUUUUAGUUGAUUGAUAUUAAACUGGGGAUAAAUCUUUAGUUGGUAAAAUGUUGUGCAGUAAGUCUUUAAUUUAGUUGAAUCAUUGUCUGUGUAUUGACGUUUCCUAGAACAAGACAAGUGUUUAAAAUGUUUGUCAAUGCCUCCAUUAUGGAAACACCCUAUUAUUGCCUAGAAGUGUUUGCAGUCUCUGUAAAGAAACUUUCUCACCACUUCAGAAAGUGUUAGCUGUUAAAGCUCUCGGAGGUACAGCUGACAUAUAAGAACUGACUUGUGCCUCACUGCAUCAAAUGCCACCAGAUUGCAUGUAUUCAGAGCACAGUAAAGCAUACUUAAGCAAUUCCUUUUGAUAUAACCCCAUACUUUAGCUAAUGCAGAAAGGUUUAAUAACAUUGUUUGGUGGCACCUGUCUCAGAUUCCAUGUUAUCAAUAAAAAAAAACUUAAUGUUUUUUCCCCCCCACCUCUAGUGAUCGAGAACAAAGGGAAAGAGAGAUUGCCCUCUUUGAUUUUCGAAGUGGGAAGUGUUCAGUACUUGCUGCCACUUCAGUUGCUGCCAGAGGCUUAGAUAUUGAAAAUGUUCAACAUGUGAUCAACUUUGAUCUUCCAAAGGAUAUUGAUGAGUAUGUUCAUAGAAUUGGACGUACAGGUCGCUGUGGUAACACUGGAAAAGCAAUUUCAUUUUUUGAUCCAGCAAACCAAGAAGAUGUGGCAGUUGCUCGUUCAUUAGUGAAAGUGUUAACUGAUGUGAGUGUACAAAUUUGUUUUGAUGUCAAAUGUAAUUGAAGAAAAUGUAUGUAUCAAAAUUAACUUGACGGACAAUGUAACCUAGAGGACCACUUCAGUAUUGCAUGUGUUGAAGUUUAUCAAACCCCGACUCAUGAGAUUAUCACCUUGCGUCCAGGGAUCAAAAUGUGGAUUUACUAUGUAGUCCUCAUUAAAGGAUGUUAUAAGGCAGGGUGGGGGAAACCUUUUGCCCUCCAGAUGUCUUGAACGGAAUCUGCCACAAUGCUGGCAAAGCAUCAAAGGAGAUGUAGUCAAAAACAUCUGGAGGGCCAAAGGUUCCCCACCCCUGCUAGAAGGCAUCAAAACAUUGGCUAACAUCUUGUUUGGUGUAUAGAUCCUGCAGUUGCACUGCCCAAAUAAAACUAAACUGUUUUAUAUGCAUUUACCCAUUUCUAACUCAUACCAGACUUUGACUAUCCAAUCGGCCCAGUGCAGAUAAGUGAGAAGGCAGGUGUAAAUGCCUGACUCGCUAGUUUAGCUUCACAAAGCUACACUAACCAGGAGUUGUAUGCUGGAAUGCCAGGGGGUGUAACCAUGUUAAUUUAGAAUGGUUCCAAUUUCUAUUAAUAAUGGCACUUUUAAUCUUUCUUGAAAAUGAGGCCUUCGUACAUAAAACAUUUGCACCUGUAUGUGUCUACAUAAUCCCCCAUAAGCAUUGCCUUAAUAAUAAUCAUAAAAUAAUCAUCCUUUUAUUGUACAUUCUGUUUAAAGUCCAAUUAACAGAGCAGGAGAUAAAAAGAAAAUCUAAGGAAGAGAUUUUUUUUAAUGUGUAUGCCAGUGAGUUAGGGGAGGUGUGGCUAGGACAGCAUGAUCUGAUUAAACCCCAAAUGGCAGAGAAUUUAGCUCUAAGACUGCACAGGUAAAACUGCUUCAUUAAACUAGUCGUUUUGGUGCCUAUAGUAUCACUUAAGUUGCACUUUUGUUUACAUAACUGAUGUGUAUCUGACAUACAUGCACAUGUAUUUUGUCCUAGCCCAUUCUUUAUGAAACUCCUAAUGUGGAUUGAGUAACAAAACUGAUGAAAAUCUAGGAUAAACAAAGGCAGAUAGGCAAACAAGCUUUAAUUGGUGGCAUGUGCCGCUUAGAUGAGAUUCCUCUUCCUAAGCAAUUAUAAAACUUUAUUUUACUCAACAUUUCUUGAUUGUGCUCCAAAUUUAGAACACACGUUCAUAGAAGUGUCCUUUGAUCUGCAACCCUAAUAAAGGCUAUCAUGGUGUUUACCAUACCUCCACUGUUAUUCACUCCAGUAAACAAACACAAGUUUACCACUGCUUGUGGUGACAUGCAAAACACAAAUUAAAGUAAGAAUAUAAUUUUUUUUUUUUAAAUAUAGCUUACUAUUGUUUAACAUUUAGGUUAACAAACAUUAAAGACUAUGAAAUGCUCAAUUUAGUGGAAACCCUGUUAAAUGUAAAGCCACAGUAGAUGAACUGGAAGCAUAACUGACUUAGAGAAUGUUUCCAGUUUGAUUGCUAAACUUGAAAAUCACUUUGAAUUCUCACUUUAGUGAACAGUCUUGUAUAGGACUGUAAUCUGAUAUUAACAAAUAUUUCCGUAGGCUCAUCAGGAGGUCCCACCAUUUUUGGAAGAAAUUGCCUACAAUGCACAUGGAACAUCUGGCUACAAUCCACAUGGAAAUGUAUUUGCAUCAGUUGAUAACAGAAAGGUGAGACAACAUACUUGUACUAGUGUUGUGAUUUUGUGAUUUGCUUUUACAUUGAGUCCCACAACAGCAGAUACUUGCAUAUUAACAAAGAGGAACUAGUGCCAGGAAAACAAAGUUGUUUUCAAGGUGCUACAUCAUUCAAAGCUAAUGCAAGAACGAAGGCUUUUUAGAUGAGACGCAAGUGUUGGCCACCAAAUUGUCACCGAAUUUCGAACUUGCUGCACUGGCUGUUACAGCAGUAAGAGUAAACGUAACGAUAUACAGCAUUUUCUCUAUUUAAAUUUAUCUGCCAGUGCUAACUAAGCAACAUUUGCCAACAUUUGUUGCUCAGGAUGUGAGUUCAGAUCCCUUAAUUUCAAGAACUGCUGGUGGCGGUUGAUAUUUGGCCUGCGUGGUCGAUGCAGAGGCAUAGCCUCGGGAGGCUCUUGGCCCAGGAAGGCGCUUGCAAAGUUGGUGUCCUGAAUGGUACCACUGUUCUAUGGUGCCCUGGUUACGGGAUGGCUGUUUUGCAAUUUAGGUCACUGAUGCAGCUAGGCAUUCAAAUAGCUUAAGCCAGAAGCUCUAGAAUAUGACAUCCAAGCGUUGCAAAUUAUUUUUCUUAGAACUGCUGUGGGGACUCUGGAAUAGAGGGAUAAAGGCUAAAUUAGGUACAUCCACAAAUUUGGUUAGGCCUAAGUAGUGUUGCAGUUAAAAUGCAACUCUGAAUCAGAGGUGAGUGCAGCAUGGAUGGCCAGGCCAACUACACUGGUUACUGGGAUACCCCACACGUAUGUAGCAGGUCUGCCAUCUCUCCACAUCUCUGUAUACAGCAGUUCGCAGCAAAGGUGAUUGGGUUACUGGAGGUACCAAGUCUCGAGUGAAGGCUUAAUGUGUACUGGGAAAACCUUACAUCUGUGGUGCACCGGAAUGAUUAUAGCUUGUGGACCAGAGAGCCCCUGAACCCAGCCCAAUUGUUUUCCUCAUAUUUUCUUGGAGUCAUAAUUUGAGAUUUGUCUUAUAGAAGUAUAAAUGAAACCAUUUUCCUUUAAAUUUUACCCUGGGACACCUCCUUGACUAAUUUACUUAUUUCCAACACUCUAAAACCUGUUUCCAUUGCUUGGUGUCGAAGCCUUACUUGAAAAUGAAGAAUCAAUUGUUAAAAGUUCACAAAUUUAUUCUUUCACCUGAAAGGUCUUUUGGUCAUACUUGGGUAAUCUGCGGUCUUGACAGAAAUUUCCUUAAGUUCAAAUGUCUUGGCCAAAUUCUCCUGACACAAAUUCAAGCAUGAAUGCAUCUUAGAAUUUUUCUAAAGCCUCCGAUGCGUAGUCAUUACUUAUAUUUUUUUUUUUUUUUUUUGCUUCCAUCUUACAAUGGACUGGCACAUUCAAUACAGAACAGGAGAUUAGACUUGCACAGAAUUUUAUCAAUUUUGUCUUUUUGGAGCUAGACAUCUGCAUAUUUACUCAUGCUUUUAAAGGUUUAGAAGACAAAUUUUUUUUUUAGGCUUUAGAAAAAUUAACUUGAAAGUUUGGGUAUGGCUUGUGACACAAACUUAAAAGGACAAGCACCCUGAUGUAUGUGCACUCUAUCCUUUAACCUAUUACAUUAGCAUCGCACCAGGUUAAGCUUUUGAGUCCAUAAAAUACCAUAAUUUUUACUUUGAAUUUAUCUAAAAGGUUGACGCUGCCCUUUCUGGGUGGUUAAUGUACUUUUAGCAUUAGCAAAAUCCACUUAAUCCAUAUUUGCAUCAGACGAAUGGCUGAUCAUAUGAUUAAAGCUGAUAUAAAAUUUUAACCAGCUUGACUAAAAAUAUGCAAUAACGGUCUGUAUAUGGAAACUUUUCUUUUGCAGAAGACUGUGCAAGAGUCCAUUCAGAGUACUGCAUUUGUGGCAGAUGAGGAGGAAAAUUGGGGAUAAAGAUGCAUCUAACAAAACUCUUAAGAUUUAUUUUCAGAAAAUUACUACAAAUAUCACAGAAGCCAUUGGUUAUUUUAUUUUGCUUGUUUGCAUAAAAUGCAUAGUUAUAUUGUAAAGUGAA